CAGGAGACUGGAGGAAGCCCAGACUGUACAGCCUCCCGGAAGUCAUUGGGUUUGUUAGCUAUUGAGUCCUGUCUGCAGCCUUGAUACAAAGUAACACUGGAAGAUCUGCACUGCUACCAACCGGACUGCACAGUGACCGACCCACAGACAUGGAGGGCAAGUGGCUACCACAUCCAGGAGCCCAGCUCCUGCUUCUCCUGCUCAGCUUGUAUAUGGUAUGGGCAAGCCAAACGACCUCCUCUCCUCCAGUAUCACAACGUAAGGAUCUGGGGCUUGGGAUGGGAUGGGGGGGUUACUGUAUACACAAAUGAAAUGUAGCAUCAAAAUAUCUGAGUGUUCUGUGAAUGGCUAUAUAGUGUGUGUGUGUUUGUAUUUAUUUUUUUAUUUUUUUUAGUGGAGAGAAAUAGACAGCCAGGGCUGUAAGGAUAUUGUCUGUUUUAAUACAGUGGAGAUAAACCGUGAUUUAUGUAGAAAAUGUAUCAAUCAUUCUAAAAUUUUCCUUUCCUUUUUUUUUAUUUUAAAUUUUUUUAACAAAAAUCCAUGGUCUAAAUUAGAGGCUAGCUUGGUGGUGGGUACUAAAUGUAUCCCUUAAAGUUAUGGGUGCAUGUGGGAUAUCAGGAGUUUGUUAUUAAAAGACAUGUUCAUAGAAGUCCAAUGCAAUAUAACUUAAUUUAUGUUUGUGCUUUUAUUAAAAAGAGACAGUCCAAGCAUACAGCUGAUUGUUGUGCUUAUGGUUCCAGGUGGUUAUGGAUAAAGUCCCUACUAUUUACUUAAAACCGUUUUAAAGUGAUUUGGGAAAACAUUGUCUAAAUCACGAUUAAACCAUUUGGCGCAGCUCAACUCAUUUGUUAACCCUAAUUUGACCUGGCUUAACUAACCCAGUAAUCCUGUGUGAAUAUUGCAGUUCUCAAAAGAUUAACAGCAGAGAUGUGGAAUAGCAAAAUCUUCCUAAACUCAAUGCAUGCUCACUAGUAUAAAUAUCUUGGAUGGAUAAUGAGAUUGUGAAAUUCCUCAUUAUUAAUUAAAACACAUUUUUUAUGUGCACUAUCCCUAAUCUCUACGCACACUUAUAAAGUGUAAGCUCAUCUGUCACAUCAAGGCAAACCUCUUAGGUGAGUCCUACACUAACAAUUCACCUUGCUGCUUUCAGUUAAAAUGCAAAAAUUCUAAUGAGAGGGUGUAUUUUUCUAAACCUCUACACACUUAUUAACCCCUAAUAGGGAACACAUGGAGUGGGAAGUAGCACUGUAACAUUUGUAAAUACAAUCACAAAAUUUAACCCUGCGCUCUAACUCCCAAUACUCCUGGAUGGCAGCAAUGACUAUAGUAUUGGUCUUUGUUCUAUGUAUUGGGGCACAUUAGUCAGGGCAUAGGAAGGGUGUUCCUGCACUUUUUCCAAAGCAGGAACGCUGUUCCCGCUAGUGGUCCUGGAGGACCUGCCUUGCUACCUGCACAGGGGGGCCCAGCACACUCAUUGUUCACUCUCCAGCUGCUCACAUUCGCGAGACCCGCGGCCGUCAGAGCGUUGGCAACGCUCCGCACAGCACGCAGGCGAGUCUCACAAGAGUUAGACAGAGCUGGAGAGUGAACACAGAGUGUGCUGAGCCCCUGUGUGGUGCUCUCGCGCGCACACACACUCACUACAUACACUAUACACACUCUGCACUCACUACAAACACACUACAUUCACUAUACUUACUCUGCACUCACUACACACACUGCAUUCAUUAUACAUACUCUGCACUCACUACAAACACUACAUACACUGCACUUACUACAAACACACAUUCACUAUACACACUCUGCACUCACUCUACACACACCCUACAUUCACUCUAAUUACUCUGCACUCACUACACACACUGCAUUCAUUAUACACACUGCACUCACUACAUACACUAUACACAAUCUGCACUUACUUCAAACACACUACAUUCAUUAUACACACACUGCACUCACUACACACACACUACAUUCACUAUACUUACUCCGCACUGACUACACACACUGCAUUCAUUAUACACACUCUGCACUCACUACAAACACACUACAUUCAUUAUACAUACUCUGCACUCACUACAAACACACUACAUUCAUUAUACGCACACUGCAUUCACUACAAACACACUACAUUCAUUAUACGCACACUGCACUAUAUGCAUAGGAGUGUAAUUUUUUUGGGGGGGAGGGGGGAAUCUUGGGUGAGUUCCCACACUUUUUUCCCCAGAACUUGACCCCUGCUGAUUAGUACUAGAGUCAUUGCUUGGAAUCCGUGUUAAUUUUGGUGGCAAAUUUCAAUGUAGUUUGACUACAAAGCCAUUUUACUUUUAGUCUUAUUUUAGUCAUCUGAAUUGUUUUUGUUUUAGUAUACAAAAUUUCCAGUAAACUUUAGUUUAUCUGUCUCUUUUCCCCCUUCCCCACCACCUCUGUGUUUCUUUGUGUUUUCCCAACCUCUCUCCCAAGCCUUGUACUGUCUCUUUUCCCCUUUCCACAGCCCCUAUGUUAUUAUUUUAUUUUUGGUGGCAAAUUUCAAUUUAAUUUUAGUCAUAGUCUUUUGACUAAGUCAUUGGGUUUGCCAAUUUUAGUUUUAGUCAACUAAAAUUGUUAUUCAACAAAAUUAACCCUGCUGGAAAUUUAGGUGAUAGUUUGAGCGCAGGGCUACAUUUUGUAUGUUUGUACUUUCCUCAUUAUGAAGACUUCAGAAUAGGAAGUAUAACAUUGUCAGAGAAUCCCCAGGUUUUUUCCAAAUGUUUAAAAGUGGUUUGACAAAACAAUGGAGGAACUUCACCCCCCUUGCCUACUAGCACCACAAACAUUAUAAUAAACUGUAUGGGUUAUUGUUCUUGGAGAGGCACUAUAAUGAAGCAAUUUUAAUCAUGCUAUAAAGCCUCUCUUGUGGGAUGCUAAAAUUAAGAUUUUUAAAAUUUUCUGUAGAACAAAAACAGGGUCUCUACAAGCCAUAGCCUGCACAGGGGCACCAGAUAUCAUCACUCUUUAAUACCUAUAACUAUUUAUUGUGGUAUAACAGAUAAAUGAUAGGUUAACAUGAAUAUACACUGACAUUAUUUAGCAAUAAAUAUUUUGACAUGUUUGAGGGUUUUCAAUAGCUAUAAUAUUUUGUGGUUUUGCUUCCUUAAAGGAUCACUAAAGGGUCAGGAACGCAAACAUGUAUUCCUGUCCCUAUAGUGUUAAAACCACCAUCUAGCCCCCCUAGGCCCCUCAUGCUUCCAUAAAUAUAGUAAAAAUCUUACUAUAUUCAAGCCAGAAGCUGUAACACUGCAUGCUGUAUGCCUAAAAAAAAAAACAAGCAGUCUACUGACAUCAUCAGAAGUGGUAGCCUGAUCCAUUCACAUUGCUUCCCCAUAGGAUUGGCUGAGACUGACGAGGCAGAUCAGGGGCAGAGCCAGCAUGAUUCAAACACAGCCCUGGCCAAUCAGCAUCUCCUCAUAGAGAUGAAUUGAAUCAAUGAAUUUAUAUGAGGAAAGUUCAGUGUCUGCAUGCAGAGGGAGGAGAUACAGAAUGUUUGGAUGCAUUUUAGGCAGCCAUGACCCAGGAAGGAUCUCUAACAGCUAUCUGAGGAGUGGCCAGUGAAGUUAUCACUAGGCUGUAAUGUAAACACUGCAUUUCUCUGAAAAGACUGUGUUUACAGCAAAAAGCCUGAAGGCAAUGAUUCUACUCAACAGAACAAAUUCAAUACGCUGUAGUUGUUCUGGUGACUAUAGUGUCCCUUUAAACCUGCACACGCUGACUUGUUAUUCUAUUCCUUGACAAAAUAUUUUGAAGAGAACUUCACGUUACAGCCUGGUUAAAAACCUCUAAUAUUAUUUCAGUAGGUUAUGAAUUAUGGUGUAUUAAAAUUGUGGGGUUUUUCACUAAACUGUGAUUUGUUGGCAAUUCUAAGUUAAUUCAGUUUCUAAGAAACUGCAAUAAUUACCAAUGUAGGGUUAAGGGAUAUGGUACAUUGCAGCCAGACUACUUCAAUAAGCUCACGUGGUCUGGGUGCCUACAGUGUCCCUUUAAACCAUCACACAGCAGGGGGUGGCACCUAAAUAGGUAGCAGGAGAUUAUAGUUUUAGGAAUACAUGUUUAUAUUCCUAAUGCAAUAGUGUUCCGUUAAGGACAUCCCGAUGGAUAGCUACGGGCACCAUAGCUACUGCAGCCUGCUAAAAUGGUUAUGGUGCCAGCAAGUCUCAGGCAGCAUCCCGUGGUUCUGUGUUAAAGGACCACUAUAGUGCCAGGAAAACAUAUUCGUUUUCCUGGCACUAUAGUGCCCUGAGGGUGCCCCCACCCUCAAGGUCCCACUCCUGCCCGGCUCUGGAAACGGGAAAGGGGUUAAAACUUACCUUUUUCCAGCACUGGGCGGAGAGCUUUCCUCCUCCGAUCCUCCUCUUCUCCUCCCCGUCGGCUGAAUGCGCACGUGCGGCAAGAGCUGCUCGCGCAUUCAGCCAGUCACAUAGGAAAGCAUUCAUAAUGCUUUCCUAUGGACGCUGGCGUGCUCUCACUGUGAAAAUCACAGUGAGAAUCACGCAAGCGCCUCUAGUGGCUGUCAAUGAGACAGCCACUAGAGGAAAUAGGGGAAGGCUUAACCCAUUGAUAAACAUAGCAGUUUCUCUGAAACUGCUAUGUUUAUGAAAAAAUGGGUUAACCCUAGCUGGACCAGGCACCCAGACCACGUCAUUAAGCUGAAGUGGUCUGGGUGCCUAGAGUGGUCCUUUAAACCAUUUUUGACCAGUUUGGCAAAUACGGUGGAUUAGCUUCCACAUGCGUUGCUAUUUAGGUACAUUCCUCACAAAGAAUAAGGCAAAGUAUGGCACAAAGCCAUUGCUUUUUUAAUCAAGAUUAUAAGUAAGUUCCAUGUUGAACCCAAUUAGCAUAGGCAUUGCAUUGGAGUCCACUAGGAAAUGCUCCGGUAGCUUUCCUAUGUAAAAGGCUGCACAGAAGUCAAACUUUAAUAACCGUUCAUCAAAUCAAGGUUGGUUUCACGGAUUCUAAAGAGAAUAAAGUAGGUUAACUGCCUGUAUGUUGUAAAAAAUAAAUAAAUAAAGCCAUAGUUGCCAGAGGGUUAACACAACAAGUAAAUACAAAAGGGGGUAGGCUUUCUAUCUCAGAAUCCAGUGUAUUGUUUGAGGGACAGUACAGGUCUGUGUCAUGUUUUCACAAACAAAACCAAACAAAGGCAGCUUUUUAUAUUAAGAGGGCUAGUUUCUCAAUCAGUAAAUGCAGUUAGAAAAAUCUGUGCUUUAUUUUUUUCACUUAAACUGAAACUAACAGGGGGAAUAGUAGACGAGGCGUUAAUGUAAUUUUGUGUUUCUCUGAGAUACAACCAGCCCAGUACAAGACAUACAAGGAAACCAUUACUAUUUGCUCUGAAAUAUUUGUCAAAUGUAUACUUUGCCUUCUUGAAAAACUCUGUUGAAUAUUUGAACAUUGGGGGAUUUUCUAGGGGGGGAAGGGGGAAGCACUCUGUUUUUUUAUAUUUAUUUAUUUAUUUUUACUACAUUCUUUUUGUUGUUGAAAUUUUGUGCCCUGGGCAACUGGCCUGCUGGGAUGUGGUCAACUAAAUACUUUGAUAUCUUUUUUUAAUGGUAUUUGGAAGGGAUGGUUCUGCAAACACUUUUUUUUUUUUCCCCCUCAAUUUAAAAUGUAAAAUUACAGACCAAUCAAUUUCCUGUAAUCUAGUCUAGCUUUCUAAAAUUACAUUGUUUGACAUUGCUUUGUCUGUGUUAAAUAAAGAUCACUGGAAAAAAAAGCAGGUAACCUUAUUAAUACCCACAUAUACAAAGCCAAAACAAGUUUACGUGGUUGAACAUUAGUCUCUUGUAAAAUAUCUACCAUUAUUAAGACAAUAAAACAAUAAACAAAUAAGAGAACUGAAUCGAGCCAAUGGCAACAGCAUUUAUUAAUAUCCCAAUACUGACCCUCAGAAAUUCCCUAGACUUUACUAACAGGGGUUCCUUGACUCAUUUGUUUCCUUGUAACAAAACAAGUAUUCAAGUGCUAUCGGGAUUGGCCAAUGAACUCAUUACGGCAAAUUUACAUAAACUCCUUUAUUUUCUGCUUCCUUUAACCCCUUAAGGCCCAAACUUCUGGAAUAAAAGGGAAUCAUGACAUGUCACACAUGUCGUGUGUCCUUAAGGGGUUAACCCCUUAAGGACACAUGACGGAAAUAUUCCGUCAUGAUUCCCUUUUAUUCCAGAAGUUGUGUCAUUAAGGGGUUUUAAACAGACACUGUAGGCACCUUAACUUGUUCAUUUCAUUGCAGUGGUUAAUGUGUGGAGUCCCCUGGCGCAGACCUUCCUUUUUAAUGCUAGUCCCCAGCAAUCCAUGCCCUCUGUGCAGCUUGGGCUAAUGAGGAAGCAUUUAAUUGAGCAUCAAUGGGUCGCUGCUCAAUUAAACGCAUUCAGCCUAUCACAGUGCCAUUGCAGGUAGGAAUCAAUAUUGCUACAUGGAAGUUUAACCCCUUAAGGACUGAACUGUUUUUGCGAUGUUGUACAUUUGCGACCAGGCCUCUUUUUACACUUUUGUGGUGUUUGUGUUUAGCUGUAAUUUUCCGCUCUUUCAUUUACUGUUCCUAUACAAAUUAUAUAUUGUUUUUUUCAGGAGAAAAAAAGGCUUUCUUUACAUACCAUUCUUUAUUUAAUCUCAUGUAAUUUAAUUUAAAAAAAUAUGAUGAAAAAUGUAAAAAAAUACAUGUUUUUUUACUUUUACUUGAAAAAUAUUUUACUCCUCUACAAAAGCGAAUAAAAAAAAGCUGCUAACUAGAUUCAAAAUUUUGUCCUGAGUUUUAAAAUACCCAGUGUUUACAUGCUUUUUUGUUUUUUUUGUGCAAGUUAUAGGGCUAUAGGUACAAGUAGGAUAUUGCAGUUUCAAAACAUAAAUUUUUUUCACAUUUAUCAAUAGUGACAUUGUAACACUAUUAUCUGUCAAAAAUCUCUGAAUAACACCCCACAUGUAUAUAAAUUUUUUUAAAGUAGACAACCCAGGGUAUUCAAUAUGGGGUAUGUUUAGUCUUUUUAGUAGCCACCUAGUCGCAAACACUGGCCAAAUUUAGAGUUCAUAUUUGUUUGUGUGUGAAAAAAGUAAAAAACUAAAUUGAACGCUAAUUUUGGCCAGUGUUUGUAAUUACUAAAAAAGACUGGACAUACCCCCAUUUCCAAUACCUUGGGUUGUCUUCUUUUGCAAAUGGUAUGCCAUCAUGGGGGUAAUUCUCAUUCCUGGGCUACCAUACGCUCUCAAAGGCAACGUAACCAGCCUGGCCAUUUUCAGUGUAAAAAUAUUUGACCCUGUAACUUUCAAAAACGCUAUAAAAUCUGUACAUGGGGGGUACUGUUAUACUCGGGAGACAUUGCUGAACACAAAUAUUAGUGUUUCAAAACAGGAAAAUGUACAGGUUUUAGGGUGUCAUAGAAAGUUACAGGGUAAAAUACAGUGCUAGAAAAUUAAAUUCUCUGAACUUUUGGCCUGGGUUGGCAGGCAGGUCCCUCAAAUUGCAAUUACCGUAUAUACUCGAGUAUAAGACGAGUUUUUCGGCACAUUUUUUGUGCUGAAAACCCCCCACUCGUCUUAUACUUGAGUCACUGUCUGUAUUAUGGCAACUUACAUUGCCAUAAUACAGACAAGGACCGCUGUGCUCAUUACAAGCCCGGCGGUCCUGUUGGGGGCCAGCAGCGAGCUGUAACUUACCUUUCCUGCAGCUCCUGUCAGCUCCCUUAUCCUCCGUUCUGGUCAGCUCCCUUCUCCCCCACUGUAAGUCUCGCGAGAGCUGCGGGGUCAGAGCGUUGCCAUGGGUUACCGUGGCAACGCUCCGCGCAGCACUCAAACCGCAAGACUUACAGUGGAGGAGAAGGGAGCUGACCGGAAUGAAGGAGAAGGGAGCUGACAGGAGCUGCAGGAAAGGUGAGUUACAGCUCGCUGCCAGCCCCCCUCCUACACAGCCCAUGCCACUGGACCACCAGGGAAUGAGAGCCCCCUCCCUGGCCAUGUAUCAAGCAGGGAGGGGGGACAAAAAAAUAUAAAUAAAAAUGUAAAUAAUAAUAUAAUCAUUUUUAUAAUAUUCAAAUAAAAUAAAAAUAAUAAUAUUAAAAAAAUAAUUUAAUAUUAAAAUAAUAAUAAUUUAAAAAAAAUAAUAAAAAUGCCCACCCCCCACCAAGGUUACACACUCUGCAUCACAUACCCACACACACACACACUGCAUUCAUACACAUACACACACUUCAUUCAUACACAUACACACACUUCAUUCAUACACACACACUGCACUCAUACACACACACACUACACACACUGCAUUCAUACACACACACACUGCAUUAUAUACACACACACACUGCAUUCAUACACACACACUCUGCAUUAUAUACACACACUGCAUUCAUUAUAUACACAAAAUAAAUAUUCAAUUCAUGUAAUUUUUUUGGAAUCUAAUUUUAUUUAGAAAUUUACCAGUAGCUGCUGCAUUCCCCUCCCCCCCCCUAUUUUAUACUCGAGUCAAUAAGUUUUCCUAGUUUUUUUGGGUAAAAUUAGGGGUCUCGACUUAUACUCGAGCAUAUACGGUAAUAAAAUUACUUAAUUAUGUAAAAAUAUUACAUAAAUAUGCACGUAUAAUUUAAAUAUAUAUGCGUAUUUAUAUAUUUGAAGUCUACGUGUAUAUUUAUAUAAUUAUUUAUGUAAUUUUGUAUAUGGACAUAUGUAUAUUUCGUAUUAUUUUUAUUUAUUUAUAUAUACAAUUUCAUUCUAAGUGUAUUUUGAUAUAAAGAUAUAUUAAUAUCAAAAUACAGUUAGAAUAAAAUUUCAUAUAUAUUUAUAAUUUUUUGUAAAUUUUGAUUAUUUAAAAAAAAAAAAAAUUAAAUUACUUAUUUGUAUUUUAUAAUAUAUAUAUAUAUAUAUAUAUAUAUAUAUAUAUACAAUAUAUACAGUUAUUAUAUAUAUAUACGUGUGUACUUUAAUAUUUGUAUUUUUAUAUUAAUAUAUGUAUAUGUUAAUAUAAAAAUACACUUAGUAUGACAUAUUGUGACCAUGUGAUCGCUCUGUUGAGCAAUCACAUGUCCCCAGGGGUCCUAAUCCGCCAUGGGGAGACUGUCUGGGCUGCAAGCAGUCUCCCCACACCGAGAGCACCGCUGAUCGCUGCCGGGGGAACGAUGGUGAUCGGGUAAGUACAUUGGACCGUUAGGACGGUUCAGGACCGUCAUCGGUCGGCAACGCAAAAAUGCUGAUGACGGUCCUGAACCGUCCUCGGUCCUGAAGGGGUUAAUGUAUUUACCUUAGCCACUCCUCCAAUGGGGGCGGGGCAAUGGGAAGUCAGGGAAUCUCAUCCAGUGUAAAAUGGCUCGAUAAUGAUUUAACACUGGAUGGAGAGACAGUGGCAGGGGAUUCCAAGCACUAUAACCACUUUAAUGAAAUGAUUAGUGCAUACAGUCUUACCGGACAUGCCAUUCAGACCUUAAGAAGUAAUGGAUCCCCGUGUAAUUACAUUAGACAAACCCGGGAGAGAAUGAAUUUAUGCAAGUUUGAAUGACAAUUAAUUUCCUCUCAUACUAUGUAUAUGUUGGAUUGGUAUUUCUGAUGGCGUUGUUGUUGUGUAUAAGUCUAAUACAUGAGUCAAGGAAAUAAGUUUUGCCAUUUUCUUUUUCAUCUAAUCUUGAUAUGUAAAUUAUUUGUCUAAAAUUAUUUGAAGCCAACCAUUAAAGGUUUUGAAAUCGCCGUUUAGGUCACAGGCAUCUCUCUCGUUUAAAUUCACAUUUAUUCCAGCGCCACAUGGGUCUCAUCACGGCUUGCCCCACACCUACUCAAUCUCCUUGGCUGAGAUCAUCAAAUUUGAUGGUCUCAGCCAAUCCAAUGCUUUCCCCUAUGAAAGCAUUGGGAGGCUAUUGAUAUGUGCGGCAAAAGCUGCACUGCGCCGCGCCAAUGUCAUCCACCAUCUACUGCAGCUUGUGAUACCUUGUGUGUUGAUGAAGCCCCAGUCAUUCACUUGGCAAAAAAUAUAAACUCUAAAUGAGUAUGUUCUUAGUUGCAAUGUUUUGUUGAAUGAUUGAUGACUCUACAAAGAAUUGUGUAACUUGGAAGGGAAACUGGCAAUCUCAGACCAAAAUCCCCCAAAUCAGCUGUUUUUCUAGCUCUGCUAUCUUGCCUGUUUUGCAGUUCUCUUCAUAAUUCCUAUUUUAGUGAAUAACUCCUGUUAUUUUAUAUCAUAUGUAAUUAUUAGCACCGACUCCAUUUUAAGGAAGUGCCAUACAGUACCCCGGGAUGAAUUCAAAUGAACCAAAAUUGGAUUUUGAUUACUUUAUAAAAUAAGAAUUAAAAAAAAGUUAUUUUUUUAUUUUUUUUAAAUGAAAAAAUUGGGAAGAUUUAUCUAAGUGUCGCAGAUUGUAUUGUGCUUUUUUGCCAUUUGUCUUGGCACACUUUAUUAGAUCUGUCAGUUUUUUUUCCUUCCUUGUUUUUUCUUUUGUGCUCUGAUUAUUAUUGUAGAAUUCAUGGCAUUUUUACAGCUACACAACAAUCAAUCCGUCUGUCACUUUUUCUGCCAGAAUAGUUUUAUGUUUCACAUGUUUUUUCCGCCACUCUUAAUGUGAUGGUCUUUUUUGGAAGAAGAAAUGGCAGAAUUAGGGGAAACCAUAGGCUAGGAAUAAAAAUUGUAUUGCUAUUACUAUAGUACCUUAUAGUGCCCCACCUUGCUCGCACCCUCCCCGCAGUGCAGAAAGGUUAAAAAAAAACCUAAUUCACUAACCUGAGUCCAACAUUGAUGUCUGUCGGCGCUUGGUCAGGCUCCGCCUCCCCUCCUUUCGCCACGCCAGCCGACAUUGGGGACCUACUGUACAUGCACGGCUGCUAGACCGCUACUAGAGCAAUUACAAUUGCAGGGUUGUACUACCAGGAACAGGGCACCGAGACCACUUCAAUGAGCUGAAGUGGUCUGGGUGCCUUUAGUGCCCCUUUAAGAAGAGAAAAGCCAGUACUUUUUAUUCCAUUUUUUUUUUAAGUCAAGUUAAUGAAUACAAGCCGAUUGAAGACCAAAAAUAACACACAUUUUAGAACACCUUGAUAAAUCCCUCCAAUGUGUUUUAUCUGUGUUGCGAUCUGCUGUGCUUGUUUCCUAGCCCUUCAAAUGAUGAUUUCGUACAGUUUUUAUUGAAAUAAAUGAUGUUAUGUUUGAUGUCGUUGUUAAUGUUUCCAUUCUUGUUUCUCACACAGCCUGUAGUUUCUAUUCUGGAAAGUCAUGUGAGGAAUGCCUAAGAAAUGUUUCCGUAAGUACAUAUCCCAGACUGAUUUAUAAUCUAGCGAUACAGAUUAGAAAAUUAUCCUGCCUCAAAAAAAGUCACUUUAUUUUUUUUUAUUUACAUUGUUUCUCUUUUUACCCUUGAUAUUUGAAUUCAAGAACUGAAAAUAUAUUAUAACGUUGUAUUUCUGCAUUCCAAAAUAAAAGCCUUUACAAAAUAAACGUAAGUGAGUUAAUUUGUACGCAAAUCACAAACUGCUCUGCAGUUAAAAAUCGCAUCAACAGCAAAAUGAAUGUUUUAUAUGUGUAUAUUUUACAUCUAUUUGUGUUUUUAGUGUAUAUGUCAUGUUGAGUAACAUUUAAUCUAAAGUAUAUCAGUCUGAAUAAAUAAAAUACUUUUUUGGGGGGAAUUGUGAAAGCAAAAUUGCUGGUUGAUAUAUUUUAUGGCACUUACAUUUUUGUGAUACUUUUGCAAACUAUCAGAACGGCAUGAAUUAAAGGAGAAAUGUAGGCAUAAGUAAACACAAUAUUAAAUACCCAUGAUUUUUAAUAUUGCAUUUUUUUUAUCUAUCCUUAUAGUUAACAAAUACACACCUCUUUAUUAUGCAAUUGGACGCUACAAUUUUAGCUCCCUGUCAAUUAUUGAUAGAAACGCUUUCCUCUCUACUUGGCUGUCAGCAUUACAAACAUAGGGAGAAAAGGAGAAAUUAACCAAUGUUUCUGUUUAUCUUCCUGAUUUGCAAUGUUUGCCCUAGCUUUGCAUUGUUGAAGUAGAGUGUGAUGUAAUUUCCUAAAUCCUUAAAGAAACACUAUAACAGACAUGUACUUCUAAUGCUAUAGUGUCCUGGUCCCUAGCAGUAUUAUGGCCCCAUUUGUCACCAAAUAUAAUAAAGGAAAGGUUUACUUACUUUUUUACAGUGCUGCAGCUUCCUCGGUGCUGCUCACCUUGUUGUUUUCCAAAUAUCAUUGAGAAGGCAUUGGGACCUAACGCACGUGCGUAUUGAGCACCGCGUACGCAUUCAAACUUACCCUUAGAAAAGCACUGUAUUUAAUGCAUUUUUAUGGGAUUCUGCAUCACACGAACGAGUUUUAUUCGUUCGGUGCAGCAGAAAUGUCUCUAGUGUCAUACGAGAGGUGGAUUUAAAUAUAACAGACAGGAGGUGAUCAGUGCUUAAGAUUAUAUAUACAUAUGAUACAGAUGAUAUUCUUAGUAUAUGAAUCUGUAAGUACAAAGCAAGAAACAGAUUAUGGAGCAGUACAGUAGAUGUUUGUAAAGGGAGUACAAAUGGGCAAAAGUGCACACUCACACUUUUUAGAGCUGUCUCAGCUCUAUUAUGAAGGCCUGGAUGGAAUAAUUCCCGUCUAUGGAUAUAAGUGAAGGGUCUUUGGAGCUUGUUUUCAGGAUGGAGUGGACACUUUUGAGAAAGCCUUUGGCGACACACGAGGACUUAUUUUAUCCACAGUUUAUUUGUUUUUACUUACGGUGUAUAUAGCUGUUGUUUCCAGCUUUUUAUUUAAUAAACCUUCUAUUUUAUACAUCAUCACCUGUGGAGCACUUCCUUCAUACAGCCCUCAUCAUCCUUCCGAUUCCAGCACAUAUCCCUACGUGGGGAUUGUUCCACCUCAAGUUCUUCAUACCAGAGCAGGACAUUGCUCUCGGUGACAUAAGUAGGAUAUUUUCCUGCAUCAAUACCAAUUAUUUGUAUAUACUAUACCAUUGGAUUUCCUAUUUUGUCUUUUUUUUUAACAUAUAUCUACUCCAUCCUGAAAACAAGCUCCAAAGACACUUAUAUCCAUAGACGGGGAUUAUUCCGUCCAGUUCUUCAUAAUAGAGCUGAGACAGCUCUCAAAACAUCUACUGUACUUCACCAUAAUCUGUUUCUUGCUUUGUACUUAUAGAUUCAUAUACUAAGAACAUCUUCUGUAUCGUAUGUAUAUAUAAUCUUAAGCGCUGAUCACCUAUCACCUCCUGUCUGCUAUCUUUACUAACCACUUCACAAGGGUGCAGAGAACCCCUUAUUGGUGAUUUGCUGCUAAUUAUAGAUAUUGAGCACUUAUACUCACCAGUUUUUCCAUAGAGGUGGAUUUAACUUUGCAAUGUUUCUUAAGAAAAUAUUGUUUAACAUAGUAGGGUCAAAAGGACAGGGCCACUCCACCAAGACCUCUUCAUUGAGAUGAAAUGGUCUGGGUGACUAUCUUGUCUCUUUAAUAUAUUUUUAAAAUAAAACAGAGCAUCUCAUGAAAAAAGGUUAACACAAGUAGGUGAUUUUCAACGUUUUAUUCAAUAGUGUGAAUUCCAGAAAAGUGACAGUUUCCCUUUAAAAUCAGAUAUCAUAUCCUAUGGAUGUAUGAUUGUUCCAGCUCAUCUCCACCUUUCUUGUCUGAUAUUUUUUCUUAGUCUAAAACUAAUUUAUUAUACUAUUGUUAGAGCUUACGUUCCCUCAUUGCAUAUAGUAGAGUUAAACAUUUUCACUCUCCAUUAUCUUUUAGAGAUUUAAUAUUUAGCUCUCGCUAAUAAAGAAAAAAAAAACCCUCUGCUGAAUGUGCCAUAGACCUUUUAGGCUUCCAGUGGUGAUAAACUUUAAGGCCAGGCUAGCAUCUUAGGACUUGAAGUUUUAAACCCUGAUAUAGUGUCCUGAAGAGAGAAUACACACUUCAAAAAAGAUAAAUAGGAAAAGAAGGGACAAGACACUUCAAAUUACAUCCAGAGACAUUUAAUAGGACACAGAGCAACAUUUUGGCUGACACAGUAACUUUCUCAAUCUAGUUUAGGCUUUAAUAAAGUUUGGUGAGUCAGCCAAAAAGUUAAUCAGAUAUAAUGUCACUAAGGCUUUUUCUACCUGUCUAUCUUUUAACCUAUAUUCACACAUAGUCUGAAUAUAUGUCAACUGUGAAGUAUCUUGAAUUUCUUGUCUAUAUUGCUUUUGUUCAUCAGUUGCCAAACUAAUGACACAAACCACUAAAAACCAUUGCUUCAUGGGUUUACACUUAAAGGGUUACUUCAAGCACCACAACCACUUUGCUGAUUUGAAGUGUUUAUGGUGCCUGGAGUCUGUAUGAACAGCGUUAUGCUAUGAAAAGCUGCACAUAAGAAAUGUAACCCCUCUGCACCCAGGUGUGUAACUCCACCUCCAGCAGCAUUAUUAGGGUGCCAUCAGUUAGCCUGGAGUUCUGGGUUGAAUAAUGUCAUUCUCCGCAACUUACACUGCAUAGAACAUCAGUCAUUGGCUGAGAGCGUCCGGUUGAUGCUCUCCGCCAGUGGAUGGCAGCUGCUAUGACUUCUGGCUUCUGUGUCUCAGGGAACAUUGUAUUCCGCUGGGGAUCAAGUAAGGGGGCAGAUCAUUGCUAAACUGUUUACCCAAUUACCAGGAUACUACUGUGUGCUGUAGUGGUUAUGAUGAUUGGAGUAACCCUUUAAUUAAUUAUAGUUACAAAAAUAAAACCAUUUGGGGAAACAUUCCAAUGGAAUAAUAAGUUUAGUACGAAAUUUAGUUUGUGAUUCUGUAGCAUGCACUUUUAUCACAUUGUAUAAUAUUUGAUGAUAUUUUGAUAUUUGAUAAUAUUUUCAUGCUACGCAAGAUUUGAUUUCUUAUUACAUGUAUACUUAUCAUUCCGAUUUAGAUAUAUUAACCUGGCACAUUUCAGUUUCCAUUUCCUCAAUAAUUUUCAUCUAUACAUUGUGCUAGCGAAACACUAACAAAUGUAUAGAUAGCCGUGAAAAAGAUACGUUUUAUGGUCUUCCCCCACCUUGAAGAGUAAAGGCAUAAUAUGCAAAGCCAAUAUCUGUCAUGUAGUUAGUAGACCUGGUACUUCCUCCAGCUGUCCUCAUGGCCUUCUCCAGCCCUGCUUCUUUUGCUGAAUCAAAUCAUGAGCUGGCCAUCUUGGAUGAAGAACUGGAUAAGCUCCUCACCCCAGCCCUGCAAGCCCUCCCAGUUCAAGUCUUCUACAAUCUAUGAAUAUUACUCUAUGAUAAUAUAAAAAAGGUCUUCCCCAUCCCUAGAAGCCUUCCCAGUACCCCCCAGCACUCCUCACAAGGUGACAUCAGACAUCACCCUGUUCAGUCGAUGUGCUGACAUUGAAGCCAGUGCAUCAAGGUUCAGCAGAGGAGGCGUUUAAGGCUUUGGAAAGCUGUCUUUCCCAAACAAAGGAGGAGCAGAGAGACAGGUUCACUUUAACAUAACUUUUUAGUUCUGGAAUGUAAAAUGCAAUUGCAGUGAAUUUAUCCUUCAUGUGAGAUAAGUUUACCUUUUUAAAAAAAAAAAAACUCUGUACAGGGUUAUUUUCAAAAAAGUGGAAAUUGUUGGGAAUUCAAAGAGAAUCCAAAGUAAAAUUUCACAUUUUUGGCCUUCAAUUUUAAAUUGUCUUUGAAUUCCCAAUAAUUAUCACUUUUGUAAUAAUAAUAAUAAUAAAAAUAAAAAAGCAAUAUAUAUGCACACUAUUUGCAUAGACAGAAUUAUUUUAAUCGCCAUGAAUUUUUAACAAUUAUUUAUUUAUAUUCACCACCCCAAAAAAAGUUAGCUUUACAUCCUUUGUUUAAAAGGCCAGUAUAGUCACCUGAACAACUUUAGCUUAAUGAAGCAGUUUUGGUGUAUAUAACAUGCCCCUGCAGCCUCACUGCUCAAUCCUCUGCCAUUUAGGAGUUAAAUCCCUUUGUUUAUGAACCCUAGUCACACCUCCCUACAUGUGACUUGCACAGCCUUCCAUAAACACUUCCUGUAAAGAGAGCCCUAUUUGGGCUUUCUUUAUUUCUAGUUCUGUUUAAUUAAGAUUUUCUUAUCCCCUGCUAUGUUAAUAGCUUGCUAGACCCUGCAAGAGCCUCCUGUAUGUGAUUAAAAAGUUCAAUUUAGAGAUUGAGAUACAAUUAUUUAAGGUAAAUUACAUCUGUUUGAAAGUGAAACCAGUUUUUUUUUUCAUGCAGACUCUGUCAAUCAUAGCCAGGGGAGGUGUGGCUAGGAAUGCACAAACAGAAACAAAGUGAUUUAACUCCUAAAUGACAGUGAAUUGAGCAGUGAAAUUGCAGGGGAAUGAUCUAUACACUAAAACUGCUUUAUUUAGCCAAAGUAAUUUAGGUGACUAUAAUGUUCCUUUAAAAUAAAUGUUGUAAUUUGAAAUCCCAGACACAGGUGUUCAGGGGGCUGAAAAGUACCUAGCAGUGACAGGGUUAAGCAAUCCAGCCAUUGUUUCCAGAAUGCAAGAAUUCGACAUACAUUAUUACUGUAUUUUGUAACUAUUGAAGAUCUUUUUUAUCAGGCUACAUACAAAUAGCAUAUGCGUUUGCACUGAUUACUUGUGAAUUUUAAUUCUGUAUUAUUUUUCUUUCUUGCUCAGUGUCUUUGGUGUAUUACAAACUACACUUGUUUGGAGUAUCCUGUACAUUCCAUUUUGCCUCCAUCUUCUGUUUGUGCCAUGUCGUCUGCUAGAUGGGGAGCAUGCUGGAGUAAGUAUAAAUCUCUUUAUUAGGUUAAUCUUCAUCCACACACGUGAGUGCAUAAUACACAUGUCAUUUUUGUCACAAUGUUGUAUAAUGUGUACCUUUCCUGGAGAUUGUCAGCGUUGCACUGUUUAAACAUCUUCUCAUUGCAAAGAUUUUGUCCUCUGGGGUUGCAAAUUGGUCAGGAUCUGAGCACAACAAAUGUUUAUGCAAAUAUUCAGCAUUAACAUGCAAAUUGGCCAUAUUAUCAUUCAAAUUGCACUUGCUGAAUUUAAAUUGGCAUCUAAUACAUAUUUAUAUAUUUUAUUUAUUUUUUGUCUUUUAAAAACCUUAUCUACAGCUUCAGGCAAUGGUCAUAAAAAAUACAAAUCACUGUUUAGGUCCAGUAACCUUUAAUUCUACAAAUUUCAUAUAGCGUUAAUAGGAAUACAUCCUUUAUAACUGAGAAGGUUUGCUCAAAAUUAUUGUGACCUGUCAUGCAUACAUUAGUACCAAGGAAUAAUAAAUUACGAUUUCUUUAUCAGAGGAGUAAAAAAAAAAAAAAGAAAAUAUAGUUUUGUUUUUUUCUCCCCAUUUGAGUCUUUUCUGGGCCAAACAUUUUUAUUUUUUUUUGAUGGGAACUUUGAGAAAUCAAUAUAAACAUGCACCAGUUUACAAGGCUUGCUGUUUUAUCAGCGGGUAUGUAGGGAAAAAUAUAUUUAAAGCCACCAGAUGGCGCUUCAGUGCAAAAAACAAACAAACCCAUAAAUAAAAAAUGAAAUAAUAAAUCUUACAAACCAAUAUUAAUACUGCAUACAUAAAAAGUCUACCAAACAUUCUUGAACAGUGAUAUUUGUGUACACGAUAUACUCAAUAGGAAAAAAUAGCACCGUUACAAGUCAUUUUUAAUUCAAAGCCUUCUAUAUCCCCUUGUACAGCGCUGUGGAAUUUGUUGGCGCGUUAUAAAUAAUAAUAAUAUAAGUAAUGUAGAUAUCCUUAUUUUAUAAACAGCAUCUCAAAUGUCAGAGACCAUUUUGUAUAGGUACAAACGUGCUAACCUCAAGAUCAGCUUUAAUAGAUUAAACGCACACUGAGCAUUGCUUUUGGAGACAAAUCUAAAACAUGACUGGUAUUUUAUAUUUAUAUCAAAGACAAAAUGUAAAACAGGUAAAGUUGUAACAAAGAAUAAUAUGAUGCAAGUCACUCAUGUUUUGUGGUAAAAUAAUUGCCCCCUCAUUAGAAUAUCAUUAAGAUGUUUUUGGGUGCUGGAUAAAGAAAUGUUGGGUCUUUCCUAUUUUCUCAACAUUUUAAUAAUAAAACGUGAGUGAAACAAGGCAGACCACUUUGUUGAGAUUAAAUAGUCUGGGUGACUAUAAUGUCUCUUCAACUCACUUUUUGCCCUACACAGUAUUCAUGGGGGGCGGGGGGGAGGGAGAACAUAAGAACUUCUAAAGUAAACUGUGCUGUAAGAUACAUUUGAAAGUGAACAUUUUUUUCAUGCAAGCUGUUUGAUUCACAGCCACUGAAGGUGUGGCUAGGGCUACAUAAUAAGAAACAAAAGUAAUUCAACUCCUAAAUAGACUCUGCAGGGUCGUCACCAAAACUGUUUCACUAAAGGACCACUAUAGUGCCCUGUGGGUGCCCCCACCCUCAUGGCCUCCUCCCGCCGGGCUGAAGUUGGAGGAAGGGGUUAAACACUUACCUUUCUCCAGUGCCGGGCUCCCUCGGCGCUGGGAACUCUCCUCCUCCUUUGGACGUCAUCGCCUGAAUGCGCAUGCGCGGCAAGAGCCGCACGCGCAUUCAGUCAGUCCAUAGGAAAGCAUUCUCAAUUCUUUCCUAUGGACGCUGGCGUAUUCUCACUGUGAAAAUCACAGUGAGAAGUGCGGAAGCGCCUCUAGCGGCUGUCAAUGAGGCAGCCACUAGAGGUUGGAGUAACCCAUAGGUAAACAUAGCAGUUUCUCUGAAACUGCUAUGUUUACAGCAGGCAGGGUUAACCCUAGAGGGACCUGGCACCCAGACCACUUCAUUGAGCUGAAGUGGUCUGGGUGCCUAUAGUGGUCCUUUAAGCCAAAGUUGUUUUCAUGCUUCGAGUGUUCUUUAACUGUACCCAUGGCUUAGCAUUUUAUUUGUUGUUUAUUUUACCCCAUUACCAUACAGUAUGCCAGUUAGAGCUGAGAUUUAUGGUUUUAAAAAAUUGAGUCUCUACUCCUCCAUUUGAUGCAUAGUAGUUGGGAGAAGCCAAACAUCAUAUAGCGCUCGUCCCACGAAUUCCAUGUUAAGGGAUCUCCAGUCACAUGGCCAAAAACAUACUUUAUGUGUAGCUUAACCUAUUUAGUUCUGUGUCACUGUGGCAAAAAAAAUAACAUUAGCAAGUAUUGCAUUUUUUCCCACUGCAUUCUCCAUAAAUGAAGCUUGUUGAUUUUGGAUAUAGCUGUAAGAUUUAUAGAGAAGCAGUUAAUUGGACCGUUCUCCCAGGCACAGAGCACAUAUGCGUGCACAGAGCAGAGGAGGGAGGCAGUGAAAGGUAGACAUAGUUUUCAAUUAAACCGACAAAAAAAUAAUUUCUACCACCAUGACUGCUUCUCAAAGCAGAAUUGGUCAACAAGUUUGGAGUAACCCUUUAACCAACUACAGCUUAUAAUGGUGCUGUCAACCAGAGAGUUAAAUAAACAUUUAUUAAUAUUCUUUGGGGAAAAAAAUGGAACAAGCUGUAUUAAUUGGACACUUUUUAAAGAACUCUAUGUGAGGAAAUUGAAAUAUUUAACCUAUAAUAGUGCAUUGGUGCAUGGCAGUAAAUUAGUAAAAGGUAAAAUGAUGGAAAAGCCAAUUGCCUGAGUUCCCUAGGGGAGUUAUGUGACAUUUUCGUGUGUUUGUAAUCUAUGCAAAUAAGCCCAGCGUUCACGGUUAUUAACAUUUAAUAUCUGUCAUUGCAAAUUCAUACUGGAGUGACAAUGGCUUGCAUGAAUUAUUCUACUUGGGAAAAUGGAAAACGAACAUCUUUAUGAGAUGGUGUAAGUAAAUAGCAGCCUGAGACUUGCAAUUCCCUAAGAUAUACACUAGGUGGAACUCUAAUCACAUGCUGUACUCAGUCUGCCUUCUGAUUGUGAUAAACGCUUUAAUAGCUGCUAGAUGGCUCUUUGGGACAUUGCCAUCUGCGAAAGCCAUGUGAUAUUUAACAUUUCAAGCCAUUUGGGGUUUAUUCUAUGUAAAUGUUAUUGGCAGCUAGUAUUCAACAAUUACGGUUAAAGUAUGCUACCCGAUAUAGUCACACGAUGUGUACAGCGUGCUUCCCAAUGAAUGAAUUUGCUUUAUGGAAUAUUAAUCUAAUUUAUAAUGUACUGUUGGAGGGUUUUAUGACUUGGCUAGUUUUAUUUAAAUUUGCAAAUCAUCUGAAAACAAUUGCACCCAACCAUUCAUUUUGUAACAAUUUACAAUCUCAGAUUCCCUUGUUUAAGGGAUGUUUUUGUCCCAUUGAAUUAAACUCCUAAGCUUUGAUGACAUUUCAUCCUGUACAUAGAUUGUACACUCAACUUGGUGUCAUUAUCAUGAUAAAGCCCAUCUCCCUUUCUCCUCCAGUUCAACAGGAAGGGACGGUAAUGAGCUGUAAUCGGCUGCUACCCAGCUGUGCUGAAAUCGACUUGCUGUAGACUUUACUGGGAGCAUACUGGACAAAAAGCUAAAAUAAUAUGACUGCAGGAUUCAGUACACCCCACUGGGCCUCCACUGUUCACAGAAAAUUAAUUAAAUUCAUUACACAUAAAAAAAAAAAAAAAAAAUCCACGUAUCUGUAUACUCUUUAAUACAGAUACAUGCAUAGUAUGUCUCUUAUAAACAAAUUCUCUACAUGUUGGAUUCCACAUGCAGUUAAGACCGCGAUGACUGCCUAUGUUUUGUGGGAAAUGUAACUUACAAAAACCUAAUAUGCUCAGGAUAAUCCUCACUAGGUUAUGAUUAUUUAUUUUUGGGUUCAUUAAAAAUAUAAGAUAUAAGGAUUUUGAUAAUGACCCUAUAGGGGAGAAACUUUAUACUACACACUUGCUGUGUGUGUGUCAUGUUUGGAGUUUGACACCCUACCACCAAGGCUGUUAUUUAAGAGCUUUUUUUCGAGAAUAGUGCCAGAAAAUGUUUUUGCGUGUGUGUAUUGUAUGUAUCUAUAUCCCAAACAAGAAUACAUGCUAAAAAAAAUCACUAUUUACUAGAUAUACCUGAGAUGAAAACAUGCAUGUAUUUUAUUAUGCUUUUUUCCCCAUUGGCGGUAUAUCUAAAAACAGCUAGCAAAAGCUACAGAUCUGUUAUCUGCAAUCUUCGCAAACCCUCUUCUUCUAACCCAGCCCAGACUUUGCCAGAUAGGUGCCCUGAGCAAUUGCCUGUAUCUCAACCAGAUAGUAACAGGACCAGUUGUCCUGAUUGACAGCCAGAGGGCGCUAAGCAGAUUAAUUUAUAAAUGUGCCAAUUUCUAUUUUAAAAUCAGCAUUUUAUGUUUUUUUUAAGGGACAGCUCAUUGAAGUGGGAUGGGUGCUGUGUCAUUUAAUUAUUGCAGUUAUAGAUUAACUGCAAUAAUUAACUUGCAGGGUUAACUCUACCUCUAGUGUCUGUCUUGUGGUCAGACGACUUUUGGUCCAUUUAAUGACGCUGGACGUCCUCACGCUUGCAUGAGGACAUUCAGCAUCAUUUAAAACCCCAUAGGAAUGCACUGAGCAUUUCACCAGGUAAGUGUAAGGUGUAAGGGGUGUACCCCUGUAGUCUACCCUCCGCCUCCCAUAUGUUGCCCCCCCACACAUGCAGACAAACGGAUACACAUGCAGACACACACAUAGACAGAUACAUACAAACACACAUACAUACAUACCAACACACAUACAUACUCACAGACAGACACAAACAUACAGACACACAUACAAACACACAGACAGAGAAAUAUUCAUACAGACACAAAUACACAAACAUAUACAAAAUUAUUUUUUCCUGUUUCAUACCUUUUAGGUGCAGGAGGGUGACUUUCCCUGGGGUCCAGUGGUUGCUCAGCCUGAUGGGAGUCAGAGUUCCUACUCUGACUCCCUCCACUACCGCCCGCACGGAUCCCGGUGUAAGCUGGGAGGAGUGACCUGGGCAGUCACUUCCUCCCAACCUCUGAUGCCAUCUCAGGGGGCCUGGUCACGCUGUUAAAGAGCCCUGAGAGAAUGGGCCACCCGAUGGGCCCCUUCAAUGCGGCCCCGGCUGUAAUACCGCUGCGAUCCCUGCAACCGCGGUAGUUCCGCCACUGUAUGUACCACACGUUCAGAUAAAACAUGAUUUUCUAGCUGCUCAGCCACUUAUGAACAAAAUAAGCUUCCUGUACUUUCUGGUUAGAGGGUGUAUUGUCGUUUUAGUAUUUUCUCUAUAUAUUUUAUUUAAAAUGUAUUUCCCUAAAUUUGAAAUUCACUUUGGAUUCAAUUUGAAUUUCCAAAAAUGCUUACUUUCUUAAAUGGCCCUGAGAGUGUUGGAGCAUUAAAAUCAUUUUACAUUUUGUAUUUAGUCAUCAAUAAAUGUCUAUAAUAAAUAAAUAAAAGGUGUUCGUCUUUGUAAAUAACAUUUGUUCUUGUUCCAAAUUGCACAUUCAGCUACAACACUGUUAACUAGUGAGUCAUAAAGACGCCUAUAAUAUUCCAAAAUAAUCCUGAUGUCUGAUCACAUAUUCAGUCAUACACCUUAAAAGGAAAGAGUUCUCCUGUGUCUUUUGAAAAUGUUGAGAGGUUUGGCAGAGGGUAGUUACAAUGACUAGCAACAAAAGAAGGCAAAUAAAUUGAAAGAUGUAUUGUCAGUUCUUACAGAUAACCGUGUAAAACAUUAAAAAAAUAAAAAAUAAAAAUCCCUACAGCUAUUCCCACAAUGGGUAAUGGACUUUUCAACAUUGAAAAAUGUUGGUGUGACCAGCAAAUCUAUGUAAACUUGCGAACUUUUACAGAACAGGAAUGAUAAAUGUAAAUAGGGUCACACUGGAAAAACUAUUGUAGUUGUGACAAAUUACUAUAGUACCACAAAAUGCAUAGUUUCAUACUAACCUAGUCCAUCAAAUUCAAUCUAUAAAAAACAUUCCUUUAUGUUGUGUCUCAAAAAGAAGGCAAAAAAAAUUGUUGGACUUUCAGAUUAUGUUACAGAAAGUAAAAAAAAAAUCAUUUUUACUCCAGAAUGGCAAUCAUAUUCCUCAUUGAUUCAACAGCUGGUUCACAUGCAUAUUAAUUAAUAUCCUGGAUUAUUCCGUUUAAAAAAAAAAAAAAAUAUAGUACAACCUUGAGAUUUUUACAUCUUUAUUGUUCUUACUGUAAAGAACCCUUUCCUUCGCUUUAAGCAAAAACUCAUUUCUUCCAGUCUGAAUGGGUGUCUGUUAUAUAUUCUUGCCAAGUUAGCACAUAGUGGUUUGUACUGACCCUAUACAUGUUUGUAUAUUGCUAUCAUAUUCCCUCUGAGGCACUUUUAAUUUCUAAAGAAAAAAAAUUAAGUUUCACUACCGUUCUUCUUAAAUUUUUGUUAUCCAUUCCCCUUAUUAAUUUUGCAGCUCACCUCACUUUUUCUAGUUCUGAGAUGUCUUUCUUUAAGGUGUCCAAAAUUGCAUCACAUAUUCAAGGUGGGGUCUUACUAUUGAAUUGUAAAGAGGCAAUAAGUUAUAUUUGCUAUAUUUGAUAAGUUACAUUUUGUUCACAUAUAUCAAUACUCCUUUUUAUACAUGGCAGCACCUUACUAGCUUUUGCAAAGGCAGACUGAGAUUGCAUGAUGUUUCCUUUUUUGUUAUCUAUAUUUGUUCCCAAAUACUAUUCAUGUGAUGAUAUUCCUAACUCAAUUCCAUUAAAUGUAUAGGUAGCUUGUGGGUUCCUUAUUCCAAAAUGCAAGACUUUGUGUUUAUCUCUAUUAAAUCUUAUCUGCCACUUGCCUGCCCAGUCCCACAUUUUAUCCAUAUCCCUCUCUAAAGAAGUUAUAUCAAGUUCAGACUGUAUUAUCUUACCUGAUUUUGUGUCAUCUACAAACACAGACACAUAACUUAUGGUCCACUUUAAGAGCAUUCAUAAACAGAAUAACGAUAAGUAGACCCUUUUCCCCACGUACUACCAUGGAACUACACUCUGUACUCUAAAGCACAACUUUUGCUAAUGAAGCAGUUUUAUUGUAUAGAUAGAUCAUGCCCCUGUACUCCCACUGCUCAAUUCUCUGCCAUCUAGGAGUUAAAUCACUUUGAUUGUGCAACCAUAGUCACACCUUCCCACAUGUGACUUGCACGGUCUUCCUAAACACUUCCUGUAAAAAGAGAUCUAAUAUUUAUACUUCCUUUAUUACACAGUCUGUUACAUUUAGAAUGCCUUAUCUCCUGCACUGUUAAUAGAUUCUAGACCUUGCAGGAGCCUUAUGUCUGUGAUUAAAGUUCAAUUUACAGAGCAGAAUAUGAGUACUUCUAAAGUAAGGUAACAUCUGAUUGAACAUUAAACCAUUCUUGUUUCAUGCGGGCUGUGUAGUGUGUGGCUAUGGCUGAAUUGACAGAACAAAAAUCCAUUUAACUCCCUAAUAGUAGAGAAUCGAUCAGUUAGACUUCAGAGGCAAGAUUGAUAGGCAAAAACUGGUUCAUUAAGCUAAAGUUGUUUUGAUGACUAUAGCGUCCCUUAAAGAUCACAGGUCCGAAGUUUCUAUCACCUGUUUCUUGUAAGGCUGUUGUAACAGAGACUGCAACUCUGCAGCCGCAGAUUCUUCCUUGGUAUUUACUGAAGAAAAUAAAUAUUUAGAAUUUCUGCCCUGUCCUGAUACUCAUUGUUUAACACCUCCACCCCCCAUUCCCCCUUUUCAGAUAUGCACAGAUAUAGCAACAUAAUGAGGAUGUCUUCUUAAGUGAGGUACAGUUACCCCGAGAGCCCACAACAAGAGCAAUAGUCACUAAUGACACAAUGUACAUAUGCAUGAAAACAAACCGAGGGUUACUAAUAAGAAAUUGUCAAAUUAUAGCUUUGCUAAUUUAAGUGUGUUGUGCGUUCACUCAAAGACUAACCAAAGAUACAGUUCUAAAUAACUUGCUGAUACAGCAAGCUGUGAGCAUUACCAAAACUCUACUGAAACUAAUUUCUUUGUCUAUAUCUUAUUUUCUAGUAAACUUUGAAGCACUGAUCAUCGCAAUGGGUGUGGUAGCGGGAGCAAUCGUACUGACCAUAACCAUUUGCUGCUGCUACUGCUGUUACUGCAAGAAAAGUUCAUAUUCAAGGUUGGAACAUAAUUUCAUACAUUUUUUUUAUUUUUUGUUGCUUUUCUAUAGAAAUUCUCAGCUGACCUUGCACGGGCAGCACUGAGAUGUGGCACCAUUUUGUUGUCCCCUCAGGAAUGUCUGUUAGUGGAAAAUCAUUGGCAAAGAUUUAGUAUGGACUAUGGGAAGCAGAUCAUAUUACGUCAUUAAUUGUAGCAGGCACAUGCAAGGAUAUGUACAAAAGUGAAAACUGUCAGGAAUUCAAAGUGAAUUUCAUGUUUUAGACCAAAACAGCAGCUCUGGAAGCAUAGCUGACUUAGAGAUUUUUUUCCAAUUCAGCUAUUUUGGCCUUGAAUUUGAAAUUCACUUUGAAUGCCCAACAAUCUUAACAAAUCUCUAACAUAGGUGGUUAACUAGAUACAUUCAGAAGGGAUCUUAGAAUAAGAAGUUAAGAAAGUUGAAUAAAUAUUACCAACAAUUACAUUUAAAUUAAUAAUGCUGGAAACCUAAGCUUAAUGUAUCACAGUACACUUUGAUUCUCCAUUUUUUGGGGCAGACUAGAUGGGCCAAAUGGUUCUUAUCUGCCGUCACAUUCUAUGUUUCUGUGUUUCUAAGUCUCACUUAAGUAAAUAACCCCAUUGAAGCCUGUUCAGUAGGUUAAAAAGUUCCCAGAUGGCAUUCAGUUGUCCCGAUUGGUCCAAAUCAUCUAAAACCCGUAUGGUUAUUCAGAAAAGCCAUAUAUUUUAGCCUGAAAUGUACUGGCAUCUAGCUGGCUAUUGAAAUUAGCAGAAUAUGGAUGGGUUUGCUGCUGCAUCCAUUUAGCAAACCGCCAAAUUGCAAACGUCUACACCCUAUUCUCUUAAUUUAUUUGAUCCAAUUUCCUUGAUACAAACGAUUUAAAACUGUACCUGUAACCCCCUUACCCUGUAACAAUACAUCAACUCAAAAUCCGUCUCAUCCCUACUCCUAACCUAGCUCAAGUCUCAAAAAAGUUUUUGGUCACUUGUGCCAUUACAAAGAGAACUAUUUGCAUAUCAGACUAACCCCACCCAUAAGGGCCGUCCAGAGCCGAAAUGCCAGGUAAUUCACCUCUGUACGAGAGAUACAGCAGCCCGAACGAUUGUUUUGGCAUUCUUUGCGCCUCAUCAGCAAGGUAUAGCUGAUACCCUCCCACGGGUAGGGUUUGGGUUACUUUUUCUAUUAGUUAUCUUCCUGUAACAUUUUUUCCAUUACUUUUUCCCGGGAUUAGUUUUACUUAUUGUGUUUUCAUUGUGUUCUUUUUAUUUCUAAAUCAACAAGUACAUUUUGGUGCCGUGCCAGUCCCCAUUAGAGAAUUCUUUCACUGUAUCUUAUUUAAGUGUAAAGCUCUGGUGGCUUACGAAAAUAUUUUCUGCGUGUACAUUUUAAAUUAUUUUGUUCUGUCUGUUUUAAAGAUAUAUUUGAAAGUGAUCGCAUUGAGAGUACAUAUAUCUGAUGAAAAAGCCUUAGCUUUGCAGAAAAUUGAUGCAGAGGAAUAUUUAUUUCUAAGAUUUAUGUGUUUGUUUAUUAAACAGUCUGCUGGCUUUAAAGUAACUCGCUUAGUCUGUGAAUAAUACAGAAUCAUGUUCUAUUAAUAAGAUAAAAACAAUAUACAUUCUGUAUGCGCAGAUAGAAAUUAUUUGAAUGUCUACAGUUUAGCAGCAGCCUGGAGAUAAUGAAGUUACAUGGUGUUAAGAUAGCUCAAUUAAUUAAUACACCAAUUCUAGAAAGUGUUUAAACUUCAUGGCUGCUUGUUCAUUAGCCGGUAGUGUCAUAGUCACCUUUCAUCUUUCCUAGGUUGAUGAAGUUUUGCAAUUAUGUAUCUAUGAUCCGUGUUCUGUCCUUGUUAUAACACAAACUGCAAAAAAGAUAAAUAACUGUUUUAUCUCAAUAUCUACUGUGCUUGUGGGAAUUAAAUGGUUACUCCAACCAAAUUCUGAGUGUUGUAUUCCAUUGCUUUCUAUCUAGUCGGAUGGAUGCUGAAGAAGAAAAUCUUAUCCGUGAACGUGAAAGGAGGCAGCAACAGGCCGCUGAGAGGUAGGGGUAGCAUUCUAACUGUUCUAUUGGAAGACUACUGUGAGUUUUUAAACAGUUUUUUUGUGUUUAGCAACCAGUGUUUAUUUGAUGUUACCUUAUUCACCUAAAGUAUUGCAACAUAAGUGAGGCUUAGUUUUGGGAAAAGGUGGCAAAGCGAAUAAUGGGGUUUCCAAACAUAAGGGCUGCCUUAUAAAACUUGUUUGUCUGUGCGUGAAAAUCCAAAUAUUAUUAACAAAAUGCACAAGUCACAGAACCUUGAUAAACUAUAUGAGCUAACUGUAUUCAUAAAAGAAAAGUGGGAUGAGAAUGAGAUUAUGCAGACUGGACAGCUCCAGUAACCUGCAAGAACCACAACUGCAAUGGGUUGUGGUGGUUAUGGUGUUUUAUAAUGUCAUUUGAUGGAUGUAUUAUAUUAAAGCAAUAUGUCCAGAAAUUCACCCAGGGGACAGUGACCAUAAUAUGAUGUAAUUUCAAAUAAAGUCAAGAAAAUACUACAAUAUGUGUUGUUAGGACAAUUAAUUUUAGGAUAAUCACUUUGCUUAGCAGCAGAUUAAUGAGUAAUGCACAAUAUUCCUGUGAUGGCCUGGAAGACGUGUCAUUUGUAUUACAGGGUUCUCUAAAUGAGGAAAAUGUAGAUAUUGUUUCAGUGCUGACUUUGUAUCUUGUUUUGGAUUAACAGCAGCAACUAGCAAAAAGUAAAAGGUUGAGGCUUGAUGUAAACGUAUUAUUUUAGCCUUGGUUAAUGGGAUACAUAUAAUGUUAAUGAGCAGAAACCAUUGCUGGAUGUGAGUGACACAUAAUAUUAGGUGCAUUGCUGCUUUCAAACAUAGGUCAACAGAAUGAUUAGUGGACAACACCAGUAAUCACAAUGUAAGUAUAUUGAAUAUGUACAAAUUGGUCCUAUCCGUAAACUCCAAUAAAUUGGUGGCUGUAGCGGUUACACUAGUCAGCCCAAUUGUGCAAACGAAUGAAAGCUACCUUUAAUCUAUCUUCAGCAAUCUUUUUGUGGAAGUGACUUUAACGCAAGUCUCUGUAACUGUUAAAUGUUUUAAAUACACAUUAGCAUUUGCCUUAUUUGAGAGCAUUGCUUUGAGGUUGGUGAGUGAGCUUACACUUUAUGGCCAUGCAGUGAUUCUUAAAACCUCUUGCUACUUAAAAGUGUACACUAAAAUUUGGGAAAGAGUGCAGGAAUAUAUAUACUAUUGCUAGCAGAUUCACGUAAACUCCCAAACUCCUCAAAUUACCCCAAUGAAUAUUUAUUUUUAUGACAGAAGCACUCUAAAAUGAAAAAUAUUUGCUUUUCUGUAAACAGUAUUUAUUCUAAAAAAAAAUAAAAAUAAGUUUAACCAACCAGCUGCCGUCCAGCCUGUGAGUGUUGCAAUGCAUCAUAGAUGAUCGCAGAGCACAGUGAUCCUUACCAACUUAGAAAUGAUCUGAUCCUGAGUGAUACUUACUCUCUGUAAUCAUUACUGUUCUGUGUAGUUACUCACACACACAGAUGGCGGCUGCUGGUGCUCACUCUUUAUGCCUAGGGAACUGUUUAUUCACAGUUCAAGAGUUGAUAAAAUGGAAACGUUUGCAUGCUUAAUGACAUAAUGCUGUGAGUGACAUUAUGCUCCCGCUGCCAUUAAUCAUCUGUAUGUGAGCUCUUGAACGUCCGUUAAAUAAUGAGAACUAGCCAGGUAUAAGUAAGGCAUGCAUAACACUUUGGGCACCCAUGAGGUGGGCAGUUCAUUGUUCAUGAUUUUUGGCAACAUAGGUGCAGGUGACUCCAUUAGUUACAUGUCAUUUUUGACCAUUACCAGCAGCAGAAAAGCUUAAAAAAAAUAUAUUUUUUUUUUAAAUUAAUUUUUUUGGGUGUAUAGCUUGGAAAAUGUAUCCACUACAGUAAGCCAUAAAUAGCCUUGAACAUGGAUUGUUCAUUUUCUGGGAUGUGACACAGUGAACCUUUUGAUCACAGUUGUAGCAGCUAUAUUUUCUGAAAUGGAGAUUAUACAAGCUGUAAAUCAUGACACCGCAGGACACCGAGCUGAUCCAAUGCAUCCCAUUGAGGCUGUAUGGACCUGUAUCUAUACCACCAACAACUGAAUAUGAUGCAAAGAACUUAACUCAAAAAAAAUAAAAAGGCUUGGGAAAAAAAUGUUUUUUUUCUUGUUUGCUCUGGGCUAGCAAGGAAAAUGUUAUAAAUGAAGUGAGAUAAUUUUUAAAUUAUACUGAAAUCUAAUAACUGGAUUUUUUUUAUACAAACUUCAAAUCACAUUAUUAUUUUUACUGAGCGGUUAUAAAUACAUUUGUGUGUUUAAUUUGAUUUCAUUGGAUUUAAAGGGUUACUCUAAGCAGCCUUGGUGAUUUGAAGUGGUCGUGGGCCUUGCAGUCUGUAUAUGCAGCGUUUCACUAAGAAUCUCUACACAUACAGAGAAAAUGCACAUUGCUGCCAGAGGUAGAGCUCCACUUCCGUCAGCGUUGUUAAUUCUCUGCAUAUUGGGCACCUGUCGUCUGCACACAUAGCAUGCGACCAAUGUGUCAUGGCUUCCCUCUCCAUGCACCAAGUCCUCCCCUCAGUCUUUCCUUAGGGACGUCCCUCCUGCUGCAACGAUAGGGAUUGACGUCACCUUAGUAUGACUAGCCUGCAGGGAGAACUUGACCUCAGCGGGGGAUCGCAGGUAAGCUUUUUUUAUUAUUAUUAUUUUUAUUAUUGUUGUUAACAGAGGGGUCCAUGCCAGCAAGGUUUACUCCAGCCCAGAACCAGUGGUUUAUUAAAACAAUGGUAACAAAUGGUAAUUAAGUGGGUGCAGUGAGUAUUUUUGGAGCAGAGGAGUGCGUAGUUUACGAUGAACAUACCUGCUUUGCACACUGUAGGUACACUGUCAAGUGACGUCUGGUUGGCAUCAGUCGUUUACAGACUGAUCAGUAGCUGGCCCAUUACAACCAUGCAAACUUUUCUACCAUAACAUUCUGAUGGCAAGUGCCCAGUGUGCUUGCUGAGAAGUUCAACAUAAGACAGGAUUUACAUUCUUAUAGCUAUUUCUUUCCUGUUAUAAUACAUGACAUGCGCACCGUUGUAUCACGGCAUAUCUAUAACCAAAUACCCAGGCCCCAAUAAACCACAGACACCAAUUUCUACAGCUUUAUUAAAUAUAUCAUAAAUUAUAACAAUUAGGAUCAUUGCCGACAACCAUCACAGCAUUUUAAAACCAUACAUAAUCUCCCCUGGCAAUGACCCAACAAUACACAGUAUAUAACAAUAUAUAUAACACAUAACAUGGCCGUCCAUGCGACAUUAUUUACAAGGAUAAACUGCAGGGGUGUACCGAAAUAUCCCUACACCACCAGGUUCGGAGCUCCCAAAGAGCUCGAACCUUCAAACCAACUGUAAACUCUUGCCUAAACCUAUCCGUGCCCCCCUUCCUUCUCCAGGUAGCUCCCAAUUUAACCUUGCCAUUCCCCGCUGCUGUGAAGAAACAGGGAACACUAUCCCCUAUGAGCUACCAAAAAAGGAGAGGGGGGUGGGACAACUAACAGGUAAGGGCAGAUUUGAUUACGAUAGCAGUGUUAAAUAUGACUGAAAUAAAACCCUGCCCCCUCCAUUAACCUUCCCACUUAACUCGUCCCAUGCGUAACUCCUUGCCCUGGCAAGGCCCAUUCCCCUGCUGCGCUGUUCCAUGGGCUAUAUUUCAGUUUUUUGUUAGUAAUUCAAAUAGGGAAUUUCUUUUCAUAAAGUCAUAUUAUAAUGUGUAUAGCAUUUUAUUCCUUUUCAACCAAUCCACAAAAUCCACACAAAUAUCUACAUUGGUGAAUGUUUCUAGUGACUUUUGGGCUGUGCUGGUUGGUUUGUAACAUUACCUACAUGCUUGACUGCCACAAUGCGUUCAUAAGCCAUGCCCAUAGUGUUUGAUUGCUGCCACUCAGUUGUUAGAGGUAGAGAAUAUUGCUUGAUAAAAACAGACGGGAGUUCUAUCUACAGUACCACUGAAGAAAAUAUUGAAGUUUCUCUGAGAAAACAUGUUUGAAGGACUACCUUCUAAAAUAGUUUUCUUUGGUGUUCUAUAAAGAAACAAAACCGCUUGCAAAAGCUGCAAAUCCGCUGUCUGCAGCCUUUGUAAGCCCUCCCUCUUUCCCAGACCAAGACGCGUUCUGUUGCAGGGAAUUCACUAAUCAGAGGUUUCUCAUUGAGAUGUCUCUGUGCCCUAGCUGAGAACAAUCACAGCUUUCCAUUUCUUCUCAAUGAGCUCACUGAGAAGAGGUGAAGGAAAAGCACGCCCUAGCCCUGCUUACAUGCUCAAGAGAGCGAAUGGAAGAGGAAUAAACCUCCCCAACUGACUGUCACUUUUCUAAACUACAAAAAUGGCCGAUUCAUGACACAUAAAGCACUUCACCGUUAUAUCUCUGGAGUUUUCCUGUAUGUGGUUGAUAACGUUAUUUUACUAAAGUGAAAAUUGUUGUCAAUUCAAAGUGAAUGCAAGUGAUUUUCAGCUUUAAGGUCAAAGUAGCAAAAUUGUUAGCAUAGCUGACUGUGAAAUUUUCAGUUCAACUACUUUGGCCUUAAAGGGACACCAUAGCCACCAGAACCACUACAUGUUAAUGUAGUGGUUCUGGUGUAUAUAGUCUGUCCUUGCAGGCUUUUCAAUGUAAAACACUGUCUUUUUAGAAAAUGGCAGUGUUAAAUUGCUGCCUAGUAACACCUCUAGUGGGAGUCAGUCAGGCGCUCUGCAUGGUGGGGCUAAAUGCUCCCCAUAGAGAUGCAUUAAUUCAGUGCAUCUUUAUGGGGAGAUGCUGAUUGGCACAUGCGCAAUAACCUCCCAAUGCUGUCCUAUUGGAAAGAAUUGAAUUGGCUGAGAUUAUCUAAAUUGAUGAUCUCAGCCAUGUAGAUGCCAGGCAGGGCCAGCUACCGCAAGACCAAAGCUGUUUUGGGGGGAAAAGUGAGUUUUAACACCUUUUUACUGAUAUUGGAGGGUGUUGUUCACCUAGUUAAACACUAUAGUGUCAUGAAUACAUGUGUUCCUGACAUUAUAGUGUUCCUUUAAAUUAUGAGCUCACUUUUAAUUCUCAAAAAUUGUCACUUUAGCGGUGGAUUUGAGGACGGGGAAGAGUUUGAAUCUAGGAUUUGUAGGUUAGUUCUAAUGCAGUGUGGGAAAAGUUGUAGAAGAAGGAGCCCAAGGAACAUAUGGAGGCUAUUUAGUAUAAUAACUAGACAGGAAAGAGCUGUGGAUUUUUAUUUUUUUUUGUGCUAGCGUUAUCUACUUUUUUGUUUCAAACAUUUGCUUCACAGAAUAAAUCCCCGAUAAGAUGUUGCCUUUAGCACAUAUUCUAAGCACAUAUAUCAAAAAUUCAUUACAGAGAGCUAUGUCAAGGGUAUAUUAGAGAUUGAUUCAAACAUAAGUUUUGAAAAUGAAAUCCUAUGCUUCUCGAAUUCAUAAACCUACUCCUUUUUCCCAAACCAUUAAUUUACAAGUAAAAUCACAACUUGUAUUCUGCAGUCCUCUGAUGAAAAAAUUUUCAGCAUAUAAAGUUGUCAAGAUUAUAAAUUGGAUUAAGGUAUGUUGUAAAACUUUUUGCUUUGUGUUUGCAGACAGCACUUGGCUUAUUAGUUUAUUUUUUUGUUUGCUUCAUAAAACUUUCCUGAACACAUAAACAGAGCACCACCUGAUGGCAUUUCUCAUGCAGCAAUAAGUGACCAAACUUUUUUUAUGUUGUUUAAAAAAAAUUAACAACUGUAUUUUAAAGGACCACUAUAGUGCCAGGAAAACAUACUUGUUUUCCUGGCACUAUAGUGCCCUGAGGGUGCCCCCACCCUCAGGGUCCCACUCCCGCCGGGCCCUGGGGGGAGGAAGGGGUUAAACUUACCUCUUUCUCCAGCGCCGGGCGGGGAGCUCUCUUUCUCCUCCUCUCCUCCCUCUUCUUCCGUCACCAGCUGAAUGCGCAUGCGCGGCAAGAGCCAUUCAGCCAGUCCAUAGGAAAGCAUUAUCAAUGCUUUCCUAUGGACGCUGGCGUCUUCUCACUGUGAAAAUCACAGUGAGAAGCGCGGAAGCGCCUCUAGUGGCUGUCAAUGAGACAGCCACUAGAGGCUGGAUUAACCCUAUUGUAAACAUUACAGAAAAAUGGGUUAAUCCUAGAUGGACCUGGCACCCAGACCACUUCAUUAAGCUGAAGUGGUCUGGGUGCCCAUAGUGGUCCUUUAAGCAUCUGUGUUUAAAAGGAAAGGAGCCAUCUCUUUUUAAAGAUGUUUGUUGUCUCAUUACAUUUUUACAUUUCAUUGAUUGCAAUCAGAUUUUCCAGGCUGGAGCUAACCACCUCCUUUGUUAAGGCAUUAUAUAGGUGAUAUCGUAAAAUGCCAACAAAUGUGGUGUUUGUAUUUUGUUUAUUAUGUUACUUUUAUUAUUAUUGUGUUCAGUUCAUUUAUUAAAGGACCUCUGUAACCUCUAAACUAUUUUUUUAAUAUAAUGAUCAUUGCAUCAAGUUUUGAAAGGAAAUGGAUUUUUUUGGUUAAAUUAAGUAUAUGGGGGAGGGGCUUGACUGCUAUGCUGCUCAGUCACAUCUUGACCGAGCUCCAUGCAGAUCGCUAUAUUUUCCAAAUUUGGGGGCUUACAUGCCUUAUAUUUACACCAGGGCUCAUCGGCUACUGUGCAGGCCCUACUGUGCAGGCUAAAGUAAAUUUCAAAUUAUAGCCCAAGAUAACAGACUUGGCAAAAUUUACAAAGUCAUGUAUCUUAAAACAUUCAGUGAUUUUAGCCAAAAAUGUGAAAUUAAUUUGGAAUUGUCUAAAAUUCGUAUAUUAUUCAAUGACCCUGAAAGUGACUUUUAGAGAAGAUUUCUUGUUGAGAUGUCUCUGGGCUCUAGCCUAACCGUGUAAGAAAGGUUUGAAUGUCUACUCUCUGAGCUGUGUGUUUUAUUAUUAGAAAGAAGCUUUUAAUUGCUUAGGCUCUCAUUUUAGACUUGCUUUAUCAUUUAUAUAUUUCUGUUUAAUUUUUUUAUCUUUUAUUAAAUUUAUGUGUAUAUGCCAUUGGUGAAUCAAACCACAUAAUAUAAUUCUUACAUAUGCCAGGGAAAAUUAGUCAAUACAAAUUCAUUCCAUACCUCUUUGUAAUAAAUUAACCUAGCAAAAUAAGGGGACAUUGAAAAUUAAAAUCCAAUCUUUGUUUCCUUCUGAUUUUUUUGUUAAUUUGUCCUGAAUAACUGAAUAAAACUUUGACAUUUAAUAUAAUUGUAUAUGCAAACUGAGAAGUUAAUAAUUCAUGUAAUCAUUCCAAAAACAAGUUAAUUACAUGAUAAUGUUACUCUAGCAGAAGUUAAGUAGUAGCUCUAAUUGGGUUUUCAUAUUCUAUUCAGACUACAUGAUGUACACCUUAACCACCUCGUUAAACCUCUCCUUAAUAACAUUAUUGGAUCAGUAUAUCCAAAAGCAAAUCUUGCACCCUAAAUAUUACGCACAAAGCCAUACAAAUUAAUGUCUACUAUUGCUGAAUACUGCAAUCACAUAAAAACCUGUUUUUGUUGAAUCAAUUGAUGCAAAGUUUUUUUUUUUUUAAUGUGAAAUAAUUUAUUUUUGUAUAUAUGUUUACAUAUUCUCUUUGAGGGUGACAUUCAGAGUUAGAAGGUAAUGUAGCUUUCCUAGAUGGAAGUUGACAUCAAACAUACUCUGUAGAAGUAGCAUCUUUGCAACAAUAGCAUAUAUACGAGUGGGCAGCAUGAAAGCAUGGAGUCAGCCUUGUCACCAAGGCUCUAUGCCAAAAUUAUGCCUUGGAUCGAUUUCCACUCAACUGAGCUUGACUCUCCGAUUUCACCACUUUCACUCUUUCAUCCAGUUGGGUCUGUUUGCUAAAAAGUGAAUUCAAAUAAGCAUGACAAACCUUGUUUCUAACGAGUCCAAGUUGUUAUUGUGUCUUGUCUCAUAUUCUUAAAAACAGAGAUUAUUAGUGUCAAUAUAAAAUAAUAAUUAUUAUUAUAAUUACUACUACACAGGUACAAUAUCAGUUUAUUUUAGCCAACUCAAAAUGAAUGUAAAAUGAUUUAACACGCCUUUAUUGCGUUUUUUUAUGUGCUGUGUCACAUUGAUACUAGAACCUGUUUAUGCCACUGGCAAUGCAGGGUUUGCAUAGAUAUGCUUUCAUUUGUGGAUCAGGUUCUGACGAGAUAACAAUCUUAGGUGAUUUCAGGCUGGGGGGUUCCAUGUUGAUACACAAAAACGUGAAAAGGUUGCAGAUUGCUAAUGUAGAGGUACUGAGAAGCUAGUUAAGGUUUUUUAUAACCAAGUCAGAAUUGUAUAUGGAAGUUAGCGAAUGUUGUGCCCAUUUACAAGAAAGGUAAUAGGGAGGAGUCGGGCAACUAUAGGCCAGUAAGCCUUACUUCAGUAGUGGGGAAAGUGAUGGAAACCAUGCUAAAGGAUAGGAUUGUUGAACAUCUAAAAACACAUGGAUUUCAAGAUCAGAGACAACAUGGGUUUACUUCAGGGAGAUCAUGCCAAACUUAUCUUAUUGAUUUUUUUGAUUGGGUAACUAAAAUUAUAGAUCAGGGUGGUGCAGUAGACAUUGCUUACUUAGAUUUCAGUAAGGCUUUUGACACUGUUGCACAUAGAAGGUUUAUCAAUAAACUGCAAUCUUUAAGUUUUGAUUCAAAUAUUGUUGAAUGGGUAAGGCAGUGGCUGAGUGACAGGCAACAGAGGGUUGUAGUUAAUGGAAUAUAUUCGAAGCUUGGACUUGUCACCAGUGGGGUACCUCAGGGAUCUGUACUUGGACCCAUUCUCUUUAAUAUUUUUAUUAGUGAUAUUGCAGAAGGUCUUGAUGGUAAGGUAUGUCUUUUGCUGAUGAUACUAAGAUAUGUAACAGGGUUGAUGUUCCAGGAGGGAUAAGCCAAAUGACAAAUGAUUUAGGUAAACUAGAAAAAUGGUCAGAAUUGUGGCAACUGACAUUUAAUGUGGAUAAGUGCAAGAUAAUGCAUCUUGGACGUAAAAACCCAAGGGCAGAGUACAGAAUAUUUAAUAGAGUUCUAACCUCAACAUAUGAGGAAAGGGAUUUAGGAGUGAUUAUUUCUGAUGACUUAAAGGUAGGCAGACAAUGUAAUAGAGCAGCAGGAAAUGCUAGCAGAAUGCUUGGUUGUAUAGGGAGAGGUAUUAGCAGUAGAAAGAGGGAAGUGCUCAUGCCAUUGUACAGAACACUGGUGAGACCUCACUUGGAGUAUUAUUGUACGUAGUACUGGAGACCGUAUCUUCAGAAGGAUAUUGAUACCUUAGAGAGGGCUCAGAGAAGGGCUACUAAACUGGUUCAUGGAUUGUGGGAUAAAACUUACCAGGAAAGGUUAAAGGAUCUUAACAUGUAUAGCUUGGAGGAAAGACGAGACAGGGGGGAUAUGAUAGAAACAUUUAAAUAUAUAAAGGAAUCAACACAGUAAAGGAGGAGACUAUAUUUAAAAGAAGAAAAACUACCACAACAAGAGGACAUAGUCUUAAAUUAGAGGACAAAGGUUUAAAAAUAAUAUCAGGAAGUAUUACUUUACUGAGAGGGUAGUGGAUGCAUGGAAUAGCCUUCCAGCUGAAGUGGUAGAGGUUAACACGGUAAAGGAGUUUAAGCAUGCAUGGGAUAGGCAUAAGGCUAUCCUAUCUAUAAGAUAAGGCUAGGGACUAAUGAAAGUUUUUAGAAAAUUGGGCAGACUAGAUGGGCCGAAUGGUUCUUAUCUGCCGUCACAUUCUAUGUUUCUAUGUAUAUUCAUUGAUCAAUAUACAUUUUGGUUCUAGAGAUAUGGGACAACUAUGGGAAACAGAAAAUGCAUUGUUUUUAAUUAAUGAAUUGCAUAAUGGAUUCAUGUUGAAGAUAACAACUGAAAAAGGAAAUCUAAAACAAACAAAACCGUUCAUAACAUUUUAUUUCUACCAACAACAUACAUGAUUUAGAUAAACCCUAGCCUAGGUUAUCAUGAAUUCAGCCUGUAUAUGUAUAUAAUCAUGACUGGGGACAUAAUGUGGCACGAAUAUUUUCGAUUUGGCUCUUUAGUUACCCCUACUUGUGUAUCUUUUGUGGUUCACGAUAUCUUCUCAAUUUAUUUUCCUUAGCAGACAACUUUUAUUUGAAUAUUUAUUUUAAUUCAGUUUUAUUUAUGGUUAUUUAUUCUUUAAUUAUGCUGAUUCAAAUUUAGCGUUUAUGGAUUACUCUUCCAGGUAUUCAAGGUUUCCUAUCGCUUUUAAUCAUUAGAUGAAGUUUUGUUUAUUUAAAACCCUUUUUGUUCAUCUGAUAGCUAAAGGUUUUGUUAAUUCAUCAGUUAUUGCCUUUUUAUAUAUUUUUAAAAAAGUAACUGAAGUAGAACUGUGUCUGCGUUUCAUGUUCUGUACAUGCGAUUCAUGUUUUUUUAUUCGAUUUUACCAAUGCAUGUCUGCUUAUAUCUUAUUUUCUCAUUAUUUUACAGAAAGAAUGAAAGGACUGUAAAGCAUAAUGAGAUCCGUAAGAAAUAUGGUAGGUCAAUUUGCUUUUUGGUGAACUGGUUUUUGUUUCCCAUUCUCCAGCUGAAACAAGGCCAUAUUUUCUAGAAACACAUUGCAAAACUGGAUUUAAGUUGGUGCUAACAGUUGUACAGUAUUUAUGUGAUAUGAAGUCCCUAAAUACGUUGUCCUCCCCUUCAUAUUAAAAUUACAGGGGAACAAGUACAGCUAAAUACAGCUAUUGUUCAAGGGCUAUUGCUCAUUCCGUUACAUGACCGAAGAUGGAAAUUAGGUGGUAAGCAACAGCUAGUUUAAGGUCCCUGUCAGCCCAAGUGAGCUGAUAACAUACUGCUUUAACACAUUUAGUGUUUGAAAUGAAAUCAACAUAUUCUUUUGUAGCCUGCAUGAACAAAAACUGUUUUAUUUCAAUCAGAUGUUAACUUGCGUUAGACGUUUUUAUCUCCUGCUUCGUAAAUUUAACUUCAAUCACACAGGAGGCUCAUGCAGGCACUGGGAGACUAUUAAUGGAGACAGAAAUUAAAUUGGAUGUGCAAUACAGGAACCUAGAAUUCUCAAGGUUCAUUUUUAGGAAGUGUUUAUGAAGGCUGUGCAAGUCACAUGCAGGGAGGUGUGACUAGGGCUCUACAAACAAGGUGAUUUAACCUAAAUGGCAGAGAAUUGAGCAGCAAGACUGCAUGGGUAUAACUUUAGACAUCAAAACUACUUAAUUAAGCUAAAGUUGUUUUGCUGCCUAUAGCAAUCUUUUAAUAUAUAUUGAUGUUUGAGAUGCAAAGAUUAACAAGAGCAGUUUUUGUUCCUGAACAAGACUUUUCCAAACAAGAAGCAGCCGCAGAUCAAUGGGUAGUUUCCCCUCCUCCCAAGUUGGACAGGACACCUAAAAUCAAAUUUAAAAAUAUUCCAAGAUGGCAUCUCCACCAAUUAGACCACAGGAUCUGUUUGUAUGAUCGGCACUUUGCACUUUCCUAGUUGAAUGGCCUUCAAGCUUUGUUUUAAAGGGACACUAUAGUCACCAGAACAACUACAGCUUAAUGUAGUUUUCUGGUGUGUAUAUUAUGUCCCUGCAGGCAUUUAAAUGUAAACUCAGAUGGCCACUAGAGGUGCUUCCUGGGUCAGUGCUGCACAGGGUGCAGAACUGACAUUGUGUCUCCACACUUUGCAUGGAAGCGCUAAAAGUUCCUCAUGGAGAUGGAUUAAUUCAAUGCAUCUCUACGAGGAGAUGCUGUUUGGUGCAGCACACUAUUUUGGCUGGAAAGAAGUAAGUUUUUACCCUUUUUAAAGGGAGCAGGGAGUGGGGGGUGCGUACACUAAAAUGUUUGUAUUCCUGAACCUAUAGUGUUCCUUUAAGGAUUUUAGCUCUGCACACAAAGAUAGUUUUCUUUAUAGUUUUUACAUAAGCCAAAGGAGUCACAAAGCGUCCACAAGAAUUGGGGUCACAGUACGUUUUUAUUUUUUUAUCAUUUUAGCUUUUUUCAGUUUACUGCAGUAAUUCAACAACAAAAAGGCAAAUAGUCCCUGGUAGUCACAGAAAUGAGGUCAAAUGGAGGCUGCUAUAAUCGGAAUUAUAUUUUCUAUUGGUGAAUCAAAAUGACCAUUUAGGUAAUAUCUGACAAGUAUGAUCUUUUUCUCACUUACCUAUAUGCUGCUGCUUUAGGCACAGAUAGGACAUUGGUUAAGAAAGACAUACACGACAGAUGAACCAUAUUUUUUUAAGUGUAAUAAUAUGCUGUCAUCAAUGAUAUAUAGCGCAAACUGAAUAUUAUAACAGGUUACAGGAUACCAUCAGUCAAAUCCUCUAUUUGCUAUCAACUAGGGUUACUGUCAUCUUGUGAAAUGUAUAGAAAAUCUACAUUUGUAUGAAAAUAUAAAAUGAAAAAGAAAAUACCAUAUAUUUGUAUGUCGUGUCAGUCCAUUGACCGAGUCUCUUUACCAGCUGUGGGCUGGGAAAUGGCUUUGAGAGAAGUGCGAAUGUGGCAAAAAUUGGGUGUCGUUCUCAACAUCUCAGACCUGGGUAGUGGUAUUGGAACAUUGUGUAGAAAUCACCAAGAUCCUUGGAAUGGCCAGGUUUAUUUCAUAUCUCAUUCUAAGCAUAGUAGCAACAUUGGAUCAUUGCAAGUCUGUGGUGCAGGAAGUAAUCAGCUGUCCAGCCUGGCAGCCUGGUUCUUUGGUGUGCUAUGACGUCCAUGCUGCUGUGGGCUAAACUGCUUAUCUCAUAAAGCCUUCCUUCAGAUUUGGACUGGAAUUUAAGGGAUAAAAUCAGACCCUCAUGGGUAGAGCUUCCUCACGGUGGUGGUGGUGGUGGUGAGGGGGGUCUACUUGCUUUUUACACAUGCUUUGCAAGUGCAGCAGUAGUAGUAUCUUUAAAUUAUAUAUAGUAUACACUUUGUACAUUAAUAUACAAAUGUUUCCUUUCUCUCUCUUUUUUUUUUUUUUUAAUUCAUUAUCUAAAUCUAAUUCAUUAUUCAUGCCAAGUUGUACAAAGAUUCAUUACGGUUCCCUACAGCUAUUGUGGCGAGGCAAACCGGAUUGUUCAGUUAUUUAAUGCACUAACAAAAAUAAAGAAUAUAAAAAAAAAAGUUAUACAAAUUAUGACGCAUAAAGUAUACAACAAUAUGUUAUCAUUUUUUAUUUUUUUAUUUUAUGUGCAUGUUUAAUACUUUGCUCUAGAAGAUUUUUUUCCAAAAUCACUCCCAUUGUUAUCCUGAAUAUGUUCUCAUUCUAAGAAUCUCUCUUGGUUAUUAUAGCUGGGGAUUUUGCACAUUCAUAUGUGCGGCUCCAAGUAUUUCCCUGACCAGCUUUAUCGUACCAGCGACCUGAUUAAUUGAGACUUCAAUACGACUAUCAGGCCUUCUACUGCCAGCGCAAUUUUUUUCUGCCCCAAACUUGUAACCAAAAUGGAUUUUCUGAAAUAUAUCUCCAUCAUAGCUGAGUUGGUUUGAAUAGAAAUGCAUACAUUACUCUUUAGUAUCAGAGUCUUUUCCCAUUAAGAAAUCCUGAAUAAAAUGUUAUAUGCUGCCAACAGAUGAGUCUAAUGCGUUCUGAAAAUGCAUAUGUUUAAUUCAAUCUUCUUGGCAUUUUCGCCACUUGAAACAACAUGGCGACGUAAGCCUGCUGUGCUGAGCCUUUGAAGUUGCUGCAGAGUAGUAUGUAUGCAUUUCUAAGCUCCAAUAUGAAAGAAUAUUUAAAAAAAAACCUAACUCUUACAUUGUGUAAUAAUUUGCUUAAUAGCAAAAAAUUCAAUAUUGUUUUAAGUUUUUAAUUUUUUUUCCCCCUGCAUGUCAGAUUUGGUUUUUAAUAAGUUAUGGUUAUUAAUAAGGAUAAAUGACAAAUAUGACAAGAUUUAUUAGCGCUGGCUCUGAAGAUUAAACCACAAAAUGUCUGUUCAUGCUUGUCGUUUGGGGGAGGUAGAUUUUAUUUCCCCUUGAUUUGCACCCACCCAUCUUUUCUCCUGUCAUUUAAAUGGUAAUGACAUAUAUAAUUGCAUUGCAAAGGGAAAGAGACCGCAGGAAGCCAAGACCUACAGUGGCUCAUAGCUGAUACAGUUUAGUGCCAUUAUGCUUUCAAGACUUUUAGUAUGCCUUUUGACAAACCAUGUGCCCUGUAAUUAUAGCUCUAAAAUGUGAUGAGGAUAAUUGCAAUUUAAGAAGAAUUAACAUGUAGUUAAGUUGCAUUCUUUACCACUUAAUUGAUACAAUAUACAGACUUUAUAACCAUUUAACAAAUGUCUGCACUAUAUUAUUCUGUUAACAUUCUUUUUAAGAGCCCACAUUAUAGUAAUGUAAAAAAUUUUUGGGAAAUACUUACUAAUUUAUAUUAGCUGUGAUACUAUUUACUGCAGGGAUCUGUUUUUAUUGACUUUGCAUGUUUUUGUAAAGUGUCAAGUUAAUUAAAUUUACUGGAAUUUGCACCAUUUUUCUCUGAAUUUAUACUUAAUACUUAUCAAAUAACCAUUUAAUUUUAUUUUUCAUACCUCAUAAUUACACGCUUGCUUAAUAUAGGGAUAUUCAAACAUAAUAUUAAAUAGUCUUGGGAAGUGACAGCUCCCCUUUAAAUACCUAACUACUUAAUCUUACUGAAAUGGUUAUGGUGCAACAACACGAAAAUGCAUGUCAGUAUUUAAGCACACUCAGGCAUUCGCACAAGGAUUUGGGAAUUGGAUGGUUAAUCAAUAUUUAAUUGUUUUGUAGUUGUUUUCAAUAGCAUCGGGAGUAAUGAUACUUUUAUAAAAAAUAAUCAUGGAUGUAUCCAAAAUAUUGAAUUUUCAACAGAGUGCAUCACAACCUCUCAAUGUCAACUCUGAAAUGGUACUUCAUUGAGUGCAGUUCUGUUUUGGAGCCCUUUAAAUGGGACUUAAGGACCGCACACUCAUCAAGGCUGAGAAAUAAGGUAGUUGCAGACAACAGCAUCUAUAUUGCUGACAUUUUAUAGUUUUAUGAAGUCACUCGUCAGAUCAGAUGAUUGGCAGGCAAGACCAAAAUAAUACCUGAGAUUUUCUUCAAUAUUGCUCUGUAAAGCAAUGCGAAAAUAACUGCAAAUAUUCUUGGAAAUUGAUAGAAAGUAUCUGCGGCAAAAUCAUUCACAAAUGGCAAGAGUUGAUUGGCUGCGCCCAUGCUAUUAUUGCCAAUCUGUAGCCCGUCAGUUUGAUGUCCAUGGAAAGCAGUUAAUAUUUGAAACAAUAUAUUUGUCUGUUUAUAUGCCUGGAAACACUUUUUAUCGGAAACUUUUUUUUUUUUACUAUCAAAGAAGAAAAUAUUAAAGGGACACUAUAGCCACCAAAACAACUUUAGCUUAAUGAAUCAGUUUUGGUGUAUAGAUCGUACUCCUGAUUACUGCUCAAUUCUCUGCCAUUUAGGAAUUAAAUCACUGUUGUUUAUGUCUAGGCAGCCUUAACCACACUGCCAUUGGCUGUGACUGACACAUGGGCAAAAAUGUUUAAUUUUCAAUCAUAUUUUAACUUACUUUAGAUGUUUUUAUCUCCUGCUCUUUAAAUUAAACUUUAAUCACAGACAGGAGGCUCCUGCAAGGUCUAGCAAGCUGUUAACAAUGCAGGAAAUGCAAUGCAAGUAAUUCUAAAUUAAACAGACUAUGCCAUAAAGGAGGUGUAAACAUUAGAUUUCACUUUACAAGUGUUUAAGAAUGCUUUGCAAGUCACAUACUGGGAGGGCUGCAUAAACACAGAGAUUACAAGUUGCAUGAUCUAUACACCAAAACUAAUUCAUGAAGCUAAAGUUGUUUUGGUGACUAUAGUGUCUCUUUAACCCCUUAAGGACCAAACUUCUGGAAUAAAAGGGCAUCAUGACAUGUCACACAUGUCAUGUGUCCUUAAGGGGUUAAAGAUUUAGUGUAUAGGGGAGUGUUAACUCAGAAGCAAUUACUAUAUAAGCAUUGUUUAAAAUCCCCAUCAAAAAGCAAAACACAACCUUUGUAUUUAGUGCUAACUAGAUUUUUACUGAGAUAGUCCUGAUUAUUUUUUUCCUUUAACAAUAUAACACGCUAACUAAUACACAUACUCUAAAGUGCCUACAUAUAUUUAUACAUGGGCAUGGAGGACAUAUUGGCACUUAACCCCUUAAGGACACAUGACAUGUGUGACAUUUCAUGAUUCCCUUUUAUUCCAGAAGUUUGGUCCUUAAGGGGUUAAAUACAUCAUAUUAAUUCACUGUAAUUGUAUUAAAGAAGACUUUUAGGUCCAUAUUCUCAAAACCGUGAGUUUAGCAGGAUUGAGCAGGCAAAUGAAAUCGAAAUUUAGGCCUCCAUUUUCAAGUUAGAAAAAAAGUUUUUACCUAAAAAUGUUUUGAAUUCGAAUACUUUGUCUUAAACAUUGCAGUCCUAAAAUCCGUUUUAGAAUUCUGCUUUUAUUUCUGCACAAUUCACAGUUUAAUGAAUACACCCUUCAGAAGACCCCAGCAAAUACUUUUUUUUCCCAGUACUAAAAGCUCAUAACCGAUUCAAAUGUUCCCAGGAAAGGUCUAAUUACAAAUAAAAAAAUACUUUCUGUUAAGGGAAUAUAAUUGACCAAACUUACUUAAUAAGUUGAUCACCAUUCCAAACGAACACUCUAUUAGAAUGGAUUGCCAUAAAAUCUAGGAGAAAUCAUGUGUUAAUUAGCGUUUUGUCCUUUGGGAAUGAUAUUUGCAUUUUAACUGAUUUCGUGCCCACGCUAAUAACAAUUUUCUUUCUCUUCCAUGAAUUAAUAAAAUUCCCAGUGUAAUGUACACAAGAUUACUUUCAAUUAUCAUCCAGCUAUUUCUAGCUCCAUGAAGAGUAUAGUGACAGAUAUGUCAAUUUAAAUGGUUUGCAUAUGAUUAGACGAUCUUUACAUACAUACAUACAUGCAGAUCUAUUUAUAUGAAAAAGCAAUAAAAUGCAGCUAUUUGUUUAUGAGCGAACUAUUUAGAUUCACAGCACAUCUCCUAACGGCUGAGUACUGACAUUUUUCAUUUGCCAAAAUAUGUCAGGCAGAUGGAAGUUUAAAUUGCAAUGUUCAGCUUCAGAAUCGGACAUAUUAAUACAUAUGAAAGAUUCGCUUCUAUUUUUUUUCACCGUUGUUUAUUUCCAAAUACUCAGACCUUUUUGGAUAAAGGUUUGGAUUUAUCGACACGUCCCCUAGACUUUAAUGGUGAGUUCUAAAGAGAAGAAGAAAGUUAUUUGAAAAGCUUAUAUAGAAGUAUUAAAUUGAGGCAUUUUUUAGAAAACCAUUUGUAACGGAACUCCCUGUACUCCGACCAAGUACCUUCCGUUGAUGGACACUUCCUAGCCUGCGCCGAGGACCACAAGCACCACACCGGACACCACAGCCACCGCAGACUCCACAACCGCCGUAGCUUAACUGGAGUCUCGCUGUCUUCUGUCCACCCUGGAUCAGCUUCUGUCCUCCAGGACCGUGUGGGGAAGACCUCUCCUCCAGGAGAGCGUAUCAGGAACAAGCUCUUAAAAGAGCUAAGUGAUUAAAGCUCAGGGGAGUAUGCAGAGUAUAGCAAUCCCCAGUGUGAGUAUAGCUGUCCCCUCCAAUAACGAGACAAGACUACGUGGUGAGGGUCAAGAAGAACGGUUUUACUUGGCACCAUAGGGCCUUCUUUUAUGCAGGUUUUCUCUACAUAGGACCACCCACAGGGUUUUGCAGAACAACCAAUAAACACAUAGUAUACAGUACAAACACUCCCAUCAAUCACACACAAAAUCCUACUUUUUACACAUACACUGUAACUUUAAAAAUAUACAUUCAAUCUUCAUAAAUUACAUAUUCGAACUCAGCACACUUUAAUUACAAACAUAUUCAAAAUUCAGCCAAUUCCAUGCAGGGGUUAAAAAGUUAGGUGGACCGCUAGCACAUUUUCCUGCCCAAAACAGUUCCAUAGAUUUGGGCUGUGCGGUCGGUCUAUUUUACACAGAAAAAUGACUAAGUCCCAUUCGAAUGCACGAACGGGGCCGUUCGUGCAUUUAGCUUAGUAUAGCAGUGAGUUCAAACUGCCGAACGGGACUUAGUCUCUGUAACUGAAAACAGAGUGUAGAAGAAGGUAAGGGUCAGCGGUGUUCGUUGAAAUGUGUAGCCGAUUUUAGUUCCAUGGAUUUGGCUACACAUACCGCUGAACUCGUUCGAAUGAACAAAGAUGGCCACCACCACGUGUUCGUUUGUCGAAUGGCGGCCACUUCGGCACUUCGGCUGCAUCUGAAGUGCCAAUUUAAAGCUGCAGCAAGAGUCUUUUAAAAUCCAAUCUGCUAAAAUAGUCUUUAACAGGCAAUAUCUUCCAGGGGCAUUGUUCACCAAAGUCAUAAUGUGCCCACAGACGGUUCUUAAAGGGCCAUACACAGUCCAAUAAAAGUCCAUAAGCCCAAUGCUGGUUUAAAAGGGUACAAUCUCCCAGGGGCCAUAGACGCAGCUACAAUUACAAUUGAUUCUUGUGUUAAAUGGAUACUAUAAGUGCCAGAAAUACAAAGCUGUAAUCCUGGCACUAUAGCUCCCUCUGCCAAACCCCCACCCCUGAGUCAGUGAAUAAAGGGUUGAAAACACUUUAUUUAAUUACCUUACCCCAGUACUGAUGUCCCUCUGCACUUGGUCGUGGCUCUGCCUCCUCCUCCAUCCCGCAACAAGCGGGCGCUAAUGCGCAUGCGCAUGAGACCUCCCCAUAGGAAAGCAUUGAAUCAAAAAAUCUGACACUGGAUGUCCUCAUGCAAAGCGUCAGAUACAGGACCAAAAGUCAGUUUGGAUCCAGGAAGCACCUCCAGUGGCUGUCUGGGAGACAGCCACCAGAGGUAGACUUAGUGCUGUAAUGUAAAUAAAAGGGGCAAUAGGGACAUUGCACCUAGACCACUUCAAAGAGCUGAAGUAGUCUGUGUGCCUACAGUGUCCCUUUAAUGGAAAAUCCAUUGCAUUCUAAUAAUCUAUACUAUCCCUUAAUAUGAUGCCUAUGGGCACACAGUGACUAUGUAUUUUACAAACAGUACUAUUCUAUUUUAAUUUAUUUAAAAUAACUAAGCACCAUUCUGUUAACACCAUCCAACAGUUCUGUGUCAAACCAUUUUGAAAGAGUUUGACACAAACUAAGGGCUCCAUAGGCUCCCACAACUGCCCACAGCUGUACACUUAAGCAUUAGCAACGUAAAAUUUCUCAGUAUGUAGAUUCCAUUCAUUGCAGAGUGUGUCUGCGAAAAUCCUUUAUAAGAAGUAUUUGUCCGUUCGGAAGUAUCUGUUAAACCAUGUCGUUUUCUAUAGGUAAAUUUAUUUACUAUCACUAGGGAGACUACUAAGUAGACCUAUUUAUGCCUUCCGGCUCCAUAUUUUCAUAGAUAUAAAUAAGCAAUUUCUUUCAAAAAUCGAUUAUUCAAUAAUAGUGGUCCUCUGAUAUUUUUACAUCUUCUUGUUUAAAUGUAAUUUUAGAAGGCUUAAUUUUUUAAUCCUUUUAUUUUUUUUAUUUUUUUAAAUGAUAAUAUAUGAUAACAUAUGAUAAUAAGAGCUACACCUUAAUGUCUGGGGGGGAUGGGGAUUCUUACUCUUCUUACCCUUUUAGCAGGGCUGGUCUGACCCACUGGGAUACCGGGAAAUUCCCGGUCGGAUGAGAUCUACCUUUGGGCCGUUGCCCUGCUGCCUAGGCACACCGGCCCAGGGGGUGCACCACAGGGCACAAUCGCCAGAUGACCUGCAGGAGGGGAAGAGCUCCCCUCUUGCCAGUCACGGUAUAUAGCAUGGCCAAGCCGUUGACCACAAUAGAGGAGCUUCUGUUCCCCUGCCCACUACACUGAAUGCCGAAUGGCUUCCCGUCAGACCAGGGUGGGAAACAAAAGCUCAUCUACCACAGUCCACGUCUCGGCCACGCUACUUGAAGGUACAUGAGUGGUGUGUGAAUGAGACACGUAGAGGGAUUGUGGGAAAAUGAGACACAUGGAGGAGCUGGGAGCAAAUGAGACACAUGGAGGAGCUGGGGGGAAUGAAAGACAUGGAGGAGCUGGGAGGAGGAAAUGGGACUCAUUGAGGGGCUGGGAGGGGAAAAUGGGACUCAUUGAGGGGCUGGGAGGGGGAAAUGGGACUCAUUGAGGGGCUGGGAGGGGGAAAUGGGACUCAUUGAGGGGCUGGGAGGGGGAAAUAGGACUCAUUUCUAUUGAAAUCUGCACUGCUUGAUAAAUGGAAAAAAAGGACAGACACUGAAGUGCUUUAGAAGUCUAGAUUGUCCCUUUACCUAUGGAAGUGUUAUUGACUAAGUUAUAAAAAAAGCUAUUCAAUGAUGCCUUGAAUAUUAAAUUAUUUAUAUAUAACAUACCAUUCUUCCCAGAAAGAUAUUUAAAUAUUUAACAGUAAUUACUGUUGGGAAAGCAAACCUCAGUGCUGUACCUUUUUAGUAGAUAAGAGGUAGUUUAGAUCCCCUGGAUUUUUACUUUUUGAUUUAGUAUUUGAUAAGACCGGCUUUGAUGUUCUGAACAUCGUAUUAACAAACAUCUGUAAUAGGAAUCCGAGAUCAUAGAAAGGUUUCUUUGUUUUCUGUUCAUGCUUGAAAGGUGAAAAGCUUUGCGUUCAGUCCCCUAAAUGAUACAAAAUUACAUGUGACCCAGUUUACAAUAUCAUUUUGGCCUUGAAGGUUACUGUUUGCUGAUUGGCAGAUUUUUACUUGACCUUUCGGAAAUAUUGACAAUUACGAAGUAUAGUAUUUUGCUACUUGACCACUGUGUAUAGUACCCUGAGGGACCCAGAGAGCAAAGUAAUUUUAGAAUGUCAGAUGUACUAUUUUGUUUUCCUUUUGUCUGUGCAAAUAACUGCCAAGAGUCUGUGUUUAUUCUAGUACAUAGCUGGAUCAGAGCAAAUACCAGUAAUAUUGAAAUUUUGUAUGAUUUCACCUGAGCUGGUUUUAUUACAUGAAUAUAUAAUACUGAUUAAGGAGCAGCGUGCACAAAAAAAUUAAAUAUAAUUUAAAAUUUUACAAGGCAUUUAAAAUCACUGAUCUUAGCAAACAAAUAUAAGGAUUCAGUUACACCAUAUGCCUAAAAUGUGAUAAGCCCACCACUACAUCACAGAGCACCAAUAUUUGUGGAAGAAAAAAUAAUUCCGAACAUGCUUAUUGCCAUACUUACUGCUUAAACUGCAGUAAGACACCCUCCUCAAGAAAUGUUAUGUUUUACUGCUGUCACCUCCAAAGGUGCACCCAUAGUGGAUAGGUGGGGUGCUCAGCCCAUUAGGAAUCUGGUCGGGAUUCCAAAUCUACACUGAAGCAAAUGUGAAUUGGAAGCACACCCAGGACAUGCAUUUCUAAGUGGAAAAAAUAUAUACAGAAUAUAGAUUAAGAAACAAUGCACACAAAAAAUACAGUUUUACAUGUUGCAAGGCUAUUUAAAAUCACCUAUUUUAGCAAACAAAUAUGGGGAAUCACUUACAUCAUAUUGCCAUAUAUGUAACUAAAUCCCCAUAUUUGUUUUGCUAAAAUGGAGGGGGGGGGGGGUAGGAGAUACAUACCUGAACGACCCUACCUACUGCUGACUGCUGUCCUGAUUCUGAAUGACAGACACUCCAGCUACAUGCUCAUUUUAAUUAGUGGAAGUGAGAUGCAGAAUGUACAGAAUCUAGAUUAUGUUGGCAGUUAAAAGCACAUUGGUUUAUCUACCUUGUCUGUUAUCCUAUGUAAAACAUUAAUCUAUCUUUCAGUAAAAAGAUGUACACACUCAAAAAAAUGUAAUCUAUGAUAUGUACUUGGUGCGGUCAGAUCAAUUCCAUUUGUCUAUCAUCAUUUUACAAAGUGGUGGCUUCACAAAAUCCUAUUGGUGCAGCACAUCAACUGCAAAGCAUGCCUUCUGUUAGAGUACUUUAUUUUUAAGUCUUUAGAGACCAAUGGCCAGCAAUGCCACCAUAACAAUGUUCUGGAAGGCUCCUAUUGCAAACAGGAAUAAGAGGAGGGCUUUACAGAGAUCGCAAAGUAAAAUAAGACAGAAUAAUGUCUUUAAAGACCAGGUUGUCAGAAUGGCAAAGAAACCUCUUAUCCUUGAAAGGUUAAAAAUGCUGUUCUUAUUGAACUUGUCACGUUUGUAGCUGAACUACCCAAAAAUGAAUUACGGUAUGUAGUGGCUUGGCACUAUUUUUUAUUUUUCCCUAUUUUUCAGAUUACUUUCCCUGGUCCUACAUGUUAAAUUGUGGAUAUGAUGUCACUUUUCAUUUCAUAGUAACUUUCGGGAGCCUGGUAGUUUAUUAAACGUGUUGUACAAGAUGAGAACGCAUUGGAUUCUAGUGGUACUCAUCUCCAGAGUUUAUUCGGGGGAUCUGUGCUAGAACAAGCUAAUUUGAAGGACAAAAUACCUUUGCUUGAAAUUCUGAAUGUGUAUAUAUAUGUAUCUAGUUAUUUAUGUAUUUAUUUUUUCUUUCUUAUAGGCCUCCUCCAGGAUACGGAUCAUCCUUACAGCAAAUAUGAAAAUGAAUAAAUAGAAUGUUAUCUACUCUGCCUCAAUGUGCACUAAAGCAUGAGCACGCAUAUAUACAUAUGUUUUCACACCACAUUUUGGAUGUUAUGAGACAUUUUCAUUCAUUAUUUUGUUGGAGAGGUUGUUUUGUGAUUUUUUUUUUUUUUCUAUUUGUAUUGUAUUUUUUUUUUAACCCUCGCUUUCAUUUUAAACAUUUCUCAUAUACCAUAAUGAAUGAAAGAAAAAAAAAUGGGGGUAAAACUCAGUGUUUGUUUUAGGUCUUUUAAAACUAUAUCUGUCAUAUAACAAUGACAUAAUGGCACCUUAUAGCUGAUCUUAUUACACAUACGUUUUGUUAGCAUGUGUUAAGAAAAUACUGUUUUUUGGUAGAUUUUAGAUUAGUUAUGCCAUUAUAUUAGGAUGUGUUUAAACCAACUCGCUCCUACGUUGUCUGCUGCUCAACCCAGUGUCAUAUAAAUGCACUCCACUUUAAAUGUAAGGUAUAUCUUUUCAUUUAUGCCUUUGUUAGUGAUGCCAGCACACAAUGUCUAAAUUCUAUUUUUUAAUAUACCUGGUUGGGGGUAAAAAUGCUUUGUAAACUAAAAUGUUGGCAUUUUUGUUUUGCUUGAUGAUCACAUCGUAGUGGUUAUGGUUAAGUUACUGUUACAUUGCAAAAUUAAAUAUUUUUCUACUGACAAAUUUCACAUUAUUCUUAGACUUGUGCAUUCAGUUUCAACAGAACUGCAAUGAGUAUAAAGUUUGAACGACCGUGAUUUGUCCAAAUUCCUAAACUCCAUAGCACCAUGUGACAGAAUCACAAAAAAAAACAAAAUGGGCAAAGGCUAAACUGCUUAAUUUGUUUUGUGAUUUGGAUCCUGAUCACAGCACCAGAAAAAGCAGGAGGGGAAUGGUAGAAUAAGCUGUUUUUCCCCAAAUAUACUGAUUUGGUUAUUUUUGUGCCAUUUUGCUUCAUCCAUAUAUUUUUUCCCGAUUGCAUAUGAAAUAUGCCUGAAAAGAAACUCACAAGGACAAAAAUCACUUUUUCUUUUUUGGACAAAUCGAUUCAGAUAACUUUAAGCCGUGCACAAGUCUAAUUAUUCUUUUUUGUUUAUUUUAUAUAUAUAUAUAUAUAUAUAUAUAUAUAUAUUUAUUAACCUUUUUACUUUAAGAAGGGUAACAAACUAAAACCUAAGCACUUAUCAGUAUCAGUGUGCUCACAUAUUAGGGACUGUGGUAUUGUAUGGAACCCAGCUAAAUACAGAAACCUACAUACAACAAUGGCCAAGGUCCGAAAGCCCUCUGUUCCCUAUCAUACACUAUGAGGAACCAUGGGUAGAAAGCCAUAUAAAACAUUACAUACAAGUAUUUUACAGUACAUUUAGAGGUGGGCCUCCAAACCUUUGGGCUUCAUUACUGACGAGAUCUAUUAAAUGCUUUCCGUAUUUAAGCAGCAUGUGAGAGAUCAAUGCAUGAAAACACAGGUUUUCUGUAAGUGGAACUCAACAGUGUUAAUUAAAGGACCACUAUAGUGCCCUGAGGGGUCCCCCUCCCGCCGGGCUCUAGGGGGUAGAAGGGGUUAAACUUACCUCUUUCUCCAGCGCCGGGCGGGGCAAGAGCCGCGCAUGCAUUUAGCCAGUCUCAUAGGAAAGCAUUCACAAUGCUUUCCUAUGGACGCUGGCUUCUUCUCACUGUGAUUUUCACAGAGAGAAGCGCCUCUAGCGGCUGUCAACGAGAGCCACUAGAGGCUGGAUUAACCCUAAUAUAAACAUAGCAGUUUCUGUGAAACUGCUAUGUUUAUAGAAAAAAGGGUUAAACCUAGCUGGACCUGGCACCCAGACCACUUCAUUAAGCUGAAGUGGUCUGGGUGCCUAUAGUGGUCCUUUAAAGGGGCAGUCUAAGCACCAUAACCACUAUAUUUUCUUGUGGUGGUAGUAAGCUGUGUACGGUAUACCUGGUUCAGGACUAAAGCAUUCUUGAGCACCGUGACCAAAUCCCGGGUCAGCUGACACACUCAGCUUACCACUGCCAUACGCAUUUUAAACAAAAUUGCUUUGACCAAAAAGCAGGGAAUACGGACUAUUACCACCAGAGGUCAUAGAGCUGAGACUGUCCAUUUUGAAGAAAUGUCUAUAGAUUCAUCACAGAAUAAACAGAACUUUUCAUUGGAAACAUUUCUCACACACUGGAUAUUUUCCAUUUAGAAUUCAUAUUUUGUAGGGUCAUUUAUAUCAUGUUACAUACACGUUUUAGUUAUCUUUUCGAUGUUGCACGUGUUCGGUAUGUUUCAUAUAAUUUGAAACUUGACUGUUUAGUUGUUAUGCAAACCUUAUUUUUAGACAUUAACUGCUUUCCUCUUUUGGUGUAUAUGUAAAUAUAUUUUGGUGGUGGUGUUUUUGUUUUCUCUGUUAUUAUUAGAUUAGUUGUUGGAUGACUUUGCUAGUAUUUGUCUCAAAUAAGAAUAAUGAGGUCAGAAUAUUCAGUUUUUGCUUUUUCUGUUUUGUUAAACGUAUAUAACAGUUUGAAUGUGGUCAUAACUUUUAGAGGAUCCAGCAAUCAAGAAAGUAACUGUUCCUCUAAGAACCUUGCACAGAACUAUACGAAAUUUGAAUUCUAUUCCAAGCUAUUCCCUGAAGUGAGAAUUGUUUGGAGCUGAACGUGAAUUCAACAUGAAUUUCAAAUUGAAUUGCAAAAUAGACAGACUGAAAACAUUCUCCAAGUCUGUCAUGCUUCCAGCUAAUCUAUUUUGGCCUUAAAUUUGAAAUUCACUUUGAAUGUGUGACAAUUCUAACAUUGGUGAAUAACCAUGAAUGUGUUAUCAGUGUUUCUUUACUUUUCAAUUCAUGUUUUCAACUCCCAAUUGACUGACUUUUCUAGGUCCACAGAUCAUUCCUGAAGCUUCCAGAUGUUCUGUACAUCCUACUACGUAAAAAAUAAAGUUAGCCUGUGAUACUUUGUAUUGUUUUUGCGUUACCAGAAAUCUUGUUUCAUUAUAAAUUUGGCAUGGUGGCCUCAUUGCUAAAUAAAGAGAACAAUUAUCUCUUUCUAAUUGUGCACUUGUUUUU